AUGCUGGGGCUCCGGCGCGACCGGCUGCUCAUCCUGCUGCUGCUGGGGGCGCUGCUGAGCGCCGAUCUCUACUUCCACCUCUGGCCUCAAGUGCGCCGCCGCCUGGCCCGCGCCGGAGCGCACGGGCCGGGCUGCUCCUGCCCCGCCGAAGAAGCCGCCGCCGCCGCCGCCGCCUGGCCCCCUAGCACCGAGCCCUGGACGCGGCUGCCGGAGCAGCGCAGCACCCAGACGGCCGGCUCCAAGCUGCGGAGGCUCUUCUCGCACCCGCUCUACAGCGCCCCCGAGGGGCCGGCCGAGAAGCUGCUCAGCGGGCAGGAGGCGCUGCGCUACUACCGACGCAAAGUGGCCCGCUGGAACAGGUGCGUAACCUGUUCCCCGGGCUGGACAGGGAGCAGACCUCCGGGGGGAGAGCGGGGUGGGGUGGGGGGCUUCGCCGGCUUCCCCGGGCGGGGAGACCCCGCCGCCGCCGCCACGGAUCCUCCCCCCGUUAGCAUCGCCUUUCUUUUUCUACCAGUGCUCGGAACUCCUAAGCAGUGCGUGUUAAUUUCGACCAUAAGGACUAGAAACUUGCUGGUGUUGUUCAAAAGGGAAAUGGCAAGGUCCUUCUCCCAGCCGGGGGUGGGUGAGGGGAAUAAGAGUUCGUUGCAAUGUCAGUUCCGGAAGAUUGGAUUUUUUAACUUGGUUCUACUAUUUGAGAGUAACAUGUGCAACUUCUGGCUACAGAGAAGUGGCCUUCUUGAGCGCAGACCAGAAACUCCAAUGGGCAAGAAGAGUUGCUGCUUCUCCCCUGGCUCUGUGUCUUCUAAACCCCACUGAACUCAGUGAAGGCAUGCAUUGGAUCCAAGUCUGUAUGUUUCCAUCCUUCCGCUUUAGCCCUUCGCCUCUUUAUUCUGGGUGAAAUUGCUUUAUUGGCCUGCAUAGCCCAACCCUGAUUUUUUUAAAAAAGAAAAAGAAAAGUUUCAGGCAUAAAGGUCCACUAUGUCAGUCUUGAAGCCCGAUAACCUUUUCAGCUGAUCCUCCUUAUCUCCAGGCUGUGUAAUGCUUCACCUGCUGAUUUCUGCAGACUGUGUUGCUGUUAAAGAUGUAGGGACAAGACAGAUUGGCCUUUUUCUCAUCAGUUGCCAACCUUACCACCACACACACAAAUAAAUAAAUAAAUAAAUAAAUAAAUGACAGAGAAAGAAUGCUAAGAUUUGCUCUCCUGAAUGCAACCUAGGUAAAGGGACUCCUGACCGUUAGGUCCAGUCGUGGACGACUCUGGGGUUGCGGCGCUCAUCUAGCUUUACUGGCCGAGGGAGCCGAUGUACAGCUUCCGGGUCAUGUGGCCAGCAUGACUAAGCCGCUUCUGGCGAACCAGAGCAGCGCACGGAAAUGUCAUUUACCUUCCCACCGGAGCAGUACCUAUUUAUCUACUUGCACUGGUGUGCUUUCGAACUGCUAGGUUGGCAGGAGGAAUGCAACCUAGGCUGUGUUAAACACCAUACAUUUAAAGCGUAUUUCCCACCACUAUCACCAAAGAAUCCUGGGAGCUGCAGUUUGUGAAGGGUGCUGAGAAUGAUAGUUUGGGGGCAAACUACAGUUCCCGAGAAUUCUUGGGGGAUAUGCUUCAAAUGUAUGGUGUGUACACAGCCUAGGGCUCAAUGCAGAUGCCAGGGUUCCCUGACCUUACAGCUGGACAUUCUUGUAUCUCAUGCUCUUGGGGGGAUGAGACUGCAACUUGCUACUUGCUGGAGUAAGCCCCACUGAACAGCAACUGCGACUUUCUGAGCAGAUAUGUGCAAGAGGAUUGCACAUUGUGAUUCUCGCCCAUCAGUUGGGAGGUUGCUUAUCCUUCUCCCUGGCUGCUGGAAGAAAUAAUAUGUGGCACUGAGUAUGUUCACCAAACAGGCAAUGCCCCUCCAUAAGUUAAGCAAGGCUCGGUUCCUGAGGUAAAGAGGUUGUUUGUCUGGGUUGCGAUGAGGAUCUUAGUCACUACUGGAGUAGAUCAAGACCAGUAGCUCAGGGCCAAGGCCCCACUUGCUGGAAUAUUUUGGGGUGAUCAGAAUUGCAAGUGGAGAAAGCUGCUUUUAAAACUGGACAGCACAGAAUGUUCCAUGAUUCUAAGCAGAACAUCUGUCCUCCGGCGUAGAGCAAGUUUGGUAACAUGAUCUUUUAAAAUGUGACAAUUUCUCCUUUAACUCCUUGCAAGAGGUUAUGACAGAGCCAACGUGUUCAACAACUACAUACAUUGGUAGGAUUUACAGAAAACCUGUAAAAAAUCUGAACUAUGUAUUGACGAAGGAUUUAUAAAAAUAGAGCUGUGAUAGAGAUACAGAAGGGGAAAUUGUUACAUUGAGAUCCACAAUUGGGAGGGGGGAGGGAAGUCAGAAGGGAUUAUAUGUUUGUGUAUUUAAUUCAUUUGUUUAUGCAAAAUGGAAAAUGCAAAAAUUAAAAAAUUAUAUAUAUAAAAGAAGAGCCAAAAUGUGUUCAUUAGCAUGAAGUGUAGUUAAGAAAUAAGCACUAAAGGGAGAAGGAAAUGGGGGUGCAGUCCUAUCUGAGGGAACCUGGAUCCUUGCUCAUUGCAAAUAAUUUGCACCUCCACUCAGCUAUGGCUCUUCCCAUCAAGUUAAUUCAUCGGACGCCGCAGCUGUAAUAUUUGGUAGCUCUUUGUAUAUUUGAUUACAGCUGAUUAUCGAGGGUAAGCCACAGUUUGAAGUUUGUUUUAUGUGAAUUCUCCCUUCCUCAAAUACAGUGGUACCUCAGGUUACAUACGCUUCAGGUUACAUACGCUUCAGGUUACAGACUCCGCUAACCCAGAAAUAGUACCUCGGGUUAAGAACUUUGCUUCAGGAUGAGAACAGAAAUCGCACAGUGGCGGUGCGGCAGCAGCAAGAGGCCCCAUUAGCUAAAGUGGUGCUUCAGAUUAAGAGCAGUUUCCGGUUAAGAACGGACCUGCGGAACGAAUUAAGUACAUAACCCAAGGUACCACUGUAUUUCAUGCAGUACUUGACCAGGAGCACUGGCGGAGGAAGAGGAGUGCGGGGGGAGCGCACCGCCCCCGGCAGUGUGAUCCCAGUGGGGUGCCAUCAUGGCUCCCCCCCCGGCCAGCGCUGGGCGCCACGCCCCCACAGGCGACGUGCCCCCAGGACGCGCACCAGCCCCACCCCCACCUGCUCUCGCCCCCCAGUGCCGGAGCAUGAAGCUCCACCACUGACCAGGAGAUCACAGUUCAUAAACUAAAUGUCAGAACCUAAUUGGAGCUCACGGGAUCCAGGCCCAUGGCCCAUCUAGGCCCCAGCAUCCUAUUCCCACAGUGGCCAACCAGAAGCCUGUGGGGAAAUGCACAAGCCGGACCUGAACGCAACAUAACUCUCUCUUCCUGGAUUUUAGCAACUGAUUUUCAGAAGCAUUACAAGCUCCGAUGGUGGAGGCAGAGUAUAACCCCCAUGCCUUGUAGCCAUUGGUAGCCAUCCCCUCCGGGAAUUUGUCCAGUCCUCUUUUAAGAGAGCCAGUGUGGUGUAGUGGUUAAGAGCAGUAGUCUUGUAAUCUGGGGAACCGAGUUCGUGUCUCCGCUCCUCCAAAUGCAUCUGCUGGGUGACCUUGGGCUAGUCACACUUAUCUGAAGUCUCUCAGCCCCACUCACCUCACAGAGUGUUUGUUGUGGGGGAGGAAGGGAAAGGAGAAUGUUAGCUGCUUUGAGACUCCUUCAGGUAGUGAUAAAGCGGGAUAUCAAAUCCAAACUCUUCUUCUUCUUCUUCAAGCCAUCCAAGUUGAUGGCCAUCACUGUGAAUUCCAUAAUUUUCAGCUUCAUUAGAUAUCCUUGAGUUCUAGUGUUAUGCAAGAGGGAGAAGAACUUUUCCCUAUCCAUUCUCUCUCCAUGCUUCCCACGAAUUCUUCCCUUAUCCCAGAUUUCAUGCAGUAUUUGAUCAUGGUUCAUAAACUAAGGGGGAGAAAAAGCUUUUUUUUUUUUUUACACCACAGUCUUAUUCACUGUUACUGGGAAGUAAGGCAUGCUGAUUGCUUUGGCACGUAUGGAAAGGUAAAGCUGCUGAAAAAUGCAGCCUUAGUUUUUUAAAAUGCACACUGUACAAAAAAAUAAUUGGGGAGUGCGUUUAGCAACCGUGCCCUUUCUAAAUGCUGCGAUUGAGCUUUGUUUAGUCUUUAAACUUAUAACAGGGUCACUUCUAUCCUGCAGGAAAAAGUUGAGCUGAAAGCCUUGGCACCGGAGCCAAAAAUCUUUAUCACAAACCUGCCACCGUGUCUAUUUUGUGCUUAGUCCCUAAUCGGUGCAGCUUACGUGUCACCAGAAAAGGAAAACAAAGUAAUAAUGUAAGAACAAGAACUGGUCUGAGCUCGAAGGAGCAUAAGAAGAGUGUGUGACCUUGCUUUGGUUCAAUGGGACAACUGUACUUCUCUUUGAACCACUGAGACGUGACUAUAGAGAUAAAUAAGCCUGUCACCUUAGAUCAAAAGCAAGCAUGAUGCAAGCACAGCUCUUUGGUCUCUUGAAACUUUUGCAAAUAACAGCGGUGGUGAUGGUGGGAGAGAAAUAUGUUUUUUUCCUAACGGUGCAAAUAGCAGCUUGGGGGUAUGUGAAAGAUUUUAAUGUGGAGAAUGGGGGCGAAGACAGUCUUCUUCUUCUUCUUCUUCUUCUUCUUCUUCUUCUUUGAUGAUCACUUGUAGCCAAGUAAGAUUGUCUUCCAUAAACACGGUUUUAACAGUGAGUCCGUAAGUGACUGUGGAGGCCAAUUCUGGAUCCACACGUCCUUCCACAGUGGGGACAUUGGUUUCCAGGCGGGAGUUGAUCACGGUGUGGAUUUGCCAAGCGUGCCUUCCUCUUAUUUAUUUAUUUUUUUAAAAAAAUUUAUUAAAUGGUUUUAUGUUACAAAAAACAAUACAGCCAUACUACCACUAAAUAUAAUUUAAAAAUAAAUAAAUACAUACAUCGAUAUUUAGUUUGUUAUUUGUUAUUUGCCAUCUUAUUUCCUCCCAAACAUUGCAUACAACAACACACAUGUGUGCAGACACCCACACACCCACACCCGCACAGAAAAUGAUAAUAAUGAAAGUAAAUAUUUUUCCCCCUUGUAUCUUCCCAAAUCUUUUCUUCAACUUUGACUUCCUGUCAAGUCCCUUUGCAUAUGUUUUAUCUUAUAUUUGAAUGUAAACAAAACAAUAAACCCUUGCAUCCUGACCUGGGGUGGUGUUACUCAGAGUAGACCCAUUGCAAUGAAAGAACCUGACUUAGUCACUUAGUGGGUAUUCCCUGAGUAAAACAUAAUUCAGUAUUGCCCCGGCCAGUUAGCAACACUAUUCUGAAUGCAUGCAUGCACCUGUUUUUCUCUGUUUGUACUGCUGUCCUGAGAAUUCUCAAGCAGGAACCACUCAGUCACUCCCACACUGGGAUGCCAUCAGGAAUGCUUCUUGCCACUUGUGUGCAAGACCUUUCUGCCCGCUCAGCUCCCAUCACCACCUGCCACCCAUUUGCCUCUCCUACCAGCAGGCAGGCCAGCCACCUGCCCCACUGGAAAAUGGCAUUGAAAGCCAGGAGGCAAGCUGGGAAAUGAGGACAGUGCCCAGCUGGGGGACAAAUAGCUGCUUAGGGAGGGAAAGAGGGAGGCACCAACUUGCAGAAAAUAUUGGGGGUGGCUGGAUCCCCUAACUAUUUUAUGGAGGGAGGUGAAGAAAUCAGGGCCCCACAAAAUUGGCACCUAUGCACUGAAACUGCCUUGCCCAGUCUGGUUGAUGGCAUUUUUGGGGAGGUUGAUUUUGGGGGUGGGGGGAAAUAUGAUUUCAUUUGUUCUCCUUGAUCUCUCAGCGGCUUUUGAUACUGUUGCCCAUGGCAUCCUUCUGGAGGGUCUCAGGCAGGUGGGGGAUUGGAGGCACUCUCUGACCGUGAAUCUGCUCCUACUUUUGGGGCCAUUUCCGGAAAGUAGUUAUGGGUGGCUGCCGCAUAGCACCAUGGGAGAUGUCCUGGGUGUCCUGCAUCUUGUCCCCUGUACUGUUUAACAUCUUAGGGUGAAGGGGCAAGUAAUUAAUAUUUUUUAUUAUUAUUUUCUUUAUAUUUAUAUUUAUAAAUAUUUUAUUGUUAUUAUUCUAAUUUAUUUAUUUUUCAGAUUAAAGUUUUACAGUCACGUAUCCAACAUACAACAUAAAAACAAGAUUCCAAAGAAUCUCCUCCCCUUUGUGGGUCCUAUUGUUAAUCAUUUCCUCCUGCAUCUUUUACGAUAAUCCAAACCUUCCUUUCCUUUUCCCCACUUAAUUUAUUUAUUAUUAAUGUUGCAAUACAUAUAUGAAAUCUUUACAUAUUGAUACAUAUACAUUAUGUUCAUAAAUUGACAUUUUCACAUUUCAUUAUGUACCAACAUUUACCCAUUUCUUAUUUCUUGCCCUGUGUCUUCCCUCCACCCGUACGUGACUUCCUUGUUAUUAUUUUGUAACUUUAUUAUUGAGAUUGUCAUUUUGUAUCUUAAUAAUUAAACAUUCAAUCUUAUAUAUCUGCUUAGUUUAACUUAACUUUGUGAAAUCAGUCUAUCCAAACCUUUUACAUCUUUUACAUAAUCCAAACCUUUUACAUCUCCAUUAUGUUCAAAAUUCACCUUGAAGCUACAAGCGUUAUUCCAAUCCUACGAAUGAUUUUAGCUGUUUACAAUGGUUUUUAAGAUAAAUUAUAAUUGUUCCCCAUUCCUUAUUAAAAUUUUGGUCACCUAGAAUUGGCCCAGAGAUGGAAAGAAGAUAAAGUCCCUACCAGAGAAGAAUGGCAGAUUAAGUUGAUUCUUCCGGUCAUUGUAGCCAUCUCUGGGCCAAUAACAUCCACGCAGCUGUGGUCACAUACAUAAAUAGUCUUUUCUGCUCCCUUGGGAUUUCGGCACCUAGAAUUCCUAAAAGAAAGGCAGGGGCAGGUAAUUAAUAAAUCAACAGUGAUUAAUUUAGCUAGUUGUUGGACUGAAAUUUUAUUAAAAAUUAAUUAAUUGAUUUAAUCAUCAUCAUAACUAAGAGUUAGCUUUGUGCGGCAAGCUACUUUCUGUGCCCAUCCACAUACCCCUCUUGGUUGGUGUUCAGCCCCUGGGCCUAAAAUUCCCUACACCUGCUCUAUGGAGACCUUGUGAAGUACACUGGCUGCCCCUUGCCACCAGCAAGCAAGCAAAGCCUUAAAAGACUCCUGCUACAAAUGCAAAUACAAAUGUGGCGCUGUGGUCUAAACCACAGAACCUAGAGCUUGCCGAUCAGAAGGUUGGCGGUUCAAAUCCCCACGACGGGGUGAGCUCCCAUUGCUCGGUCCCUGCUCCUGCCGACCUAGCAGUUUGAAAGCACGUCAAAGUGCAAGUAGAUAAAUAGGUACGGCUCUGGCAGGAAGGUAAACUGCGUUUCCGUGCGCUGUUCUGGUUCGCCAGAAGCCGCUUUGUCAUGCUGGCAGCAUGCUUUCUGCGGACAAAAUGCCGGCUCCCUUGGCCUAUAGAGCGAGAUGAGCACCACAACCCCAGAGUCGUCCAUGACUGGACCUAAUUGUCAGAGGUACCUUUACCUUUACCUUUUUUACAAAUGCCUCUGGGCAGGUUUUCGAAAGCUAUGGCUUUACAAAGGAACAGGGGGCGGUCCCAUUGGCAACAGUGGGCUAGCUGAAGCCCGGAGUAGCUCUGACAGGUUUUGCGGGAGAAGCAAAGGGGAGAUUGCAAGCUGGGAGAGGUGAGGCAAAACUGAAGAGAAGGCAUGGGAAAGAAAUGAAUGCAGGAGGAAAGAAUGUCCCAGAGAACUACCCCCCCACACACAAUUAGCCAAUUAGGUUGGUGUCGUGGAAACUCCUCUUGCUGGCGGUGAGCAGAAAUUGCUCGCCGUUGAUGGAUUGCUUGUCCCCGUGUCAGAAAGUUACUGACAUCUUGUUCUUUCCGAACGAGUGUUAACUGGAGCAUGGAGGAGCUCACACUGUUUUGCAACGAAGAAAAAAGGGGGCAGCAGUCUUUAGCCUCUAAAUUAAUGGAUACACGUCCGUAAUAUAAAAGCUGGUACACUGGAAGACGGUUUUUUGUGCCAGGGAAAACACUCACAAAACAGCGCUGUGUUUUUAGGCUAAUGGAAGUCUCUUGGCUGCUUAGGUCUGAAUUAGACCCGGGAUGAUUUCCAGAAUCCUGAUUUCUUCACCAGGCAUUGAAAUGUGUUCAUUUCUAGAGAGUGUCUGUUUUAUACUUAGCUCGUAUGUGGUCAAAAGCCAAACAUCCUCCUUCAGCAAUGGUUGGCCUGACUUCAGAGACAUAUUAAACGCGGGCUGUUUUAGGAUUGCAACCUUCCUCCUCGCUCUUCCCCAACAGACGCUUUGUGCCUUUAAUAUCUGUGUGACAGGCAGAUGUUCACUUAGGUGCAGACUUCCAUGCAGUUACAUAGGCGUCUGCCUAUAGAAUUUCUGCCUGUCACAUAACAGUUAAAUGCACAGAGGUUUCCGCCCCUACAGAUAUUGUCGGACUCCAGUUCUCUGGCCGAUGGUCAGGGAGGAUGCUUCCAACAGUACCUGGCAGACUAAAGGUUCCCUAACUCUGAACUAAAUAAAGGAAUAAGGGAAAUGUCAAGAAUUCCAAAAUGCAAAGUAUAAUAAUAAUAAAUUUUAUUUAUACCCCACCCUCCCCAGCCAAGACCGGGCUCAGGGCGGCUAACAACCAAUAAUAAAAACAAGUUGAUUAAAAUACAAUUUAAAAAACAAGAUUAAAAUACAUUAAAACAUUAGGAUUCAGCCUCUUCACAGGAGGAGAAAGGAAAAAGAAAGAGGGGGAGGGAAUCAAACUGACUCUAAGCCAAAGGCCAGGUGGAACAACUCUGUCUUACAGGUACUGCAGAAAGAAAUAAGAUCCCACAGGGCCCUGGUCUCAUGAGACAGAGUGUCCAACCAGGCCGGAGCCAGUGUUGAGAAGGCCCUGGCUCUGGUUGAGGCUAAUCUAACUUCCUUAGGGCCCGGGACCUCUAGGGUGUUGCUAUUUAUGGACCUCAAGGUUCUCCGUAGGGCAUACCAGGAGAGGCGGUCCCGUAGGUGUGUGUGGAAUUGGCUCCAUAUCUAACAUACUGUUAUAGAUUUGUGGGGGGGGUCCCCCAAAUUCUAGUAAUUAAUAAAUGGUGGGUUUUGAUUAUUUGGGAGAUGUAUUCAAGCUGCAGAGGAAUUCCUGUCAAAGCUAGGACCAUUAAGAAACAAUUCAGGGCCAUUGAGAGCCAUUGGCAAUGCAAGAGAACUGUCGUCCCCCCCCUUGCCUAAGACUGGGGUUUUGAGAGGUUGUCAGGGUAACUGGGUGUGGGGUGACAGGAAAAGAGAGGUUUUGGCAGAGUGUUCUGGGAAGAAGAAGGAAGAAAAAAGAGGGGUCCAUGUUGGGCAGGCUGGCUGAAGGCAGGCUGCGGGAGAUGCCUUGGACUCCAUGGCUGCAUUGCUGUGGAGGACGAGCCCCUAUUGAAAUGACCGUGCUGUAAGCUCUGGACUCCCACCAUGAAGGUGCAAAAUGGGGGAAUAAACCGUAUUUCUUAAUACAUUACUACGGUGGUCUCCACUGUGUCUCAACCCUGGGUGAGUGUCUGGAAUUCCCUGGGAUCUUGCUAUUGCUCAGCAGAGAGUGGAAGUGGCACCCAACUUUUGUAAUGGUACAAAUGUUCUGAGGUUCAAACUAUCUUCAGUGCUUACCAUCGUCUUUGAUUUGCAAGACUUUGGGAUCUUUUCAGUCUGUGUGGAGCGGAAGCGUAGUUGAGAAAAGGAGCCUUUGAUACAGCAGCAGCCCUGUAAUGUCUUGGAGGGAUUGUUGGCUGAUGCAGCUUGUCAGGUGAGGCUGAGAGAAGUUGCGCUGGCUGAAAUUCUCCCCGCUGGACCAUUAUUGAAGAGAGAGAAGCCUUGCCCUUCUUCUACCUUUGCAAUUCGGCAAUUCCGAAUACUGCAAAUUCAAUAUUUUGUCCUAAAAUGCAGAGUGGCUUUUCCUUGAUGAUGUGGAAGCAAAUGGCAAUGAUCAAAUUGCCUUAAAAUAAAUGAAACUAAUAGCCUAUACCAACGGAAGUGUUUUCAUUUUCAUGUCAUUUUGGAGUUUGCACAUGGUUCAUUGGGCAAGGUGCUGAAAGCACGGACAAUAUGCUGCACUUAAUCACAGUAAGAGCCAGUGAAAUAUUCGAGGCCGGCUAAGUAGCAAGUGUUUAAGCAGCGUGAGGUUACGCUGGAGUGCCUGCAAAUGGAUAUUGAUUUAGAAUUUGCAGAAGAACUAAUGUAAGCCAAGAUGUUACGCUAUUAAAUGGCUGUACCAAAGAUAGCUGCAGAGGCUAGUAGGUCAGGCUAACAGGUCUCUGAAUGUGCAAGGGUCAGAAUUAAUAGAGAGCUGUGUGUAAAUUGUAUAUAGAAUCAUAGAACUGUAGAGCUGGAAGGGACCCUGAGGAUCAUCUAGUCCAACCCCCUGCAAUGUAGGAAUAUGCAGUUGUCCCAUAUGGGUAUCGAACCUGCAACCUUGGUGUUAUCAGCACCGUGCUCCAACCAAAUGAGGCAAAAGGCUACGGCACCCCAGUAUUCCCAGGCGGUCUCCCUUCCAAGUACUAACCAGACCUGACCCUGCUUAGCUUCCGAGAUCGGGCAGCACGUUCAGGUAGUAUUUGUCCUGAAACAUCUGUGAAUCGUGGUGUUCUUGGGUUUUAAAUGCAUAUUUUUUGUACAAAUGUGAUAUGUACAAGGGUGAGCUUUCCAUCAGCACAAGCAUUGCAGAUGGAGCGACACCCCUCUCUGCUCCCUCCCUGCUCUGCCCAGGCACCUCAAGAGUCACUGGAUGGGAGGUGCAACAGGGGGAAGCCCAGUUGAACAACUGGAAGCUCUUGCACAGCUGACGGGACUCAUUCAUUGAAUCCUUCUCUGUGUUUCUUAAUCGGCUGCUUUGUAGCGAGUCAGACUAUUUGUCCGUAACCCAAUAUUAUCUGCUAACUAGGGGAUCUGACAAAAAUCUUUCCAAUCACCUGCUCCCUUCUUCCCUUUCCUCCUGCUUCAUCUGCUUCUGCUAAGAUGACAGGGAUUGAACCCCUGGACCUUCUCGAUGCAAAGUGUGAGCUCUGCCACUGAGUUUUGGCCUCUUCCCGGAGGCAAAUAGGCCUUUGUUCUUCCAAUUCUCAUAAUGGGCCUUGAUUAUUAUUUUUUUAAAAAACAUUUUUCUUUAUUUUUUACCAACAACCAAAACCCAAACAGUGAAACCCCCCAGGCGGCUGAUACAUUGAGUAUACAUAAUCAAUAAUAACAUAUUCAAAUCAACCAUAUGUACAAUUCUAUAUACAUUAACACUCCUCCCUCCACCAGGUUUAUUUAACUUUUAACGUUUUAAUUGCCCCAAAUUGUUCAAACCUACCCAAAUAAUUCAAAAUCUUCUCAAAACAAUCCUCCUCUUUCUCACUGACCUUAAACCCUUUCAUUCUGUGUAUCUUCCCAGCUAGAUAUUCUAAAAUUAUAAUAUUAUUCAAUUUUUUCCUCCAUUGGUUCACCCUUAGCUCUUCUGCAUUUUUCCAAUUACUCGCUAUAACCUGUCUGGCUGAAGUUACCAUCAAUUUUACCCAUUUACAUUCAUCUUUUGUUUUUAACUCGGUGCUACUCAGGCUAAUAAGAACCAUUAAUUUAGAAAUUUCUACCUUCCUACCCACAAUUUCCGAUAUUUCUAUACCAAUCUAUUUCCAAAAUUCAUUAAAUAAUGGACAAUUGCACCACAUAUGACUGUAUGUUCCCAUCACUCCACAUUUCCUCCUCUGCUGUUACCCAAGCCCAUGCAUUAUGCACUGAGCUCGUGGAGGUUGCUGCUAGGCAAAGUCGUAUCUUCACAGGGUAACCGCUAGCAUAAAGAGAAGACCAAAACCAAAUUGACAGCAGCAUAACAAACAGCGAAGUCAGUGAGCCAGUUCUCAAGGCUUCAGGUGUGUAGAGUCAAUAUACACAGUGAGAGGUAUGGGAAUUAAUAUCUAGCUUGUGUGUACCUCUGACUAUUGCACAAUCCAACUCCUACACAUGUAUAUGCUGCCCAUAGACGGCAUCCUCUCAUUUUUUGGAAAGGCAGGUGGAUUACUAGAGUAGGCUCCCUACUCCCUACUUGUGCGCUCCCACAAUUGAUGUAUACACUAGGCUUUAGGUGAACACCUGAUCUGGUCUGUGCAGUGGUAAUUGGGGCACAUGGGAACCCAAGGCUUGUGUCUCCUCCCCAAAAGUAGAAGCUCCAGGCUUGGACAUUGUGUGGUGAGCUGUGGCAGACACCAACGAUACUACAAGAGAUGCUCGUGAGUUAGGUGGUGCUAGAGUUGUCUGAAUUCCAGACCUUUCUCUGACAGCAAUGUUUUGCUGUUCCAGUUCUUCAAAAUGCACUGCUUGGCAAUCAGAUUUUACAGUUUUGGAAGUUGGGCAACAUCUGGGGCACACGUUGAAAUUCCAAAACGGAAGCAGAAGUUGCUGAAACAAGUGGCACAGAGGGUCCCUUCAGUGGAAUGGGAUCACAUGUGAUAGCAUCCUACAGCCGAGAGACAGAGAGAGAGAGAGAGAGAGAGAGAGAACACUUUUAACAAAGCUAGUUCUUAGAUGUGCAAUGAAACUUUGUUGUUGACAUAUGUGGCGUUUGCCCUCCUAGGUUUGUGACAUCAUACUGGGUUCAUAAGGAAAGGGUUGACUAAUUUUAAAAUGACUAACCAAUGGGAACCCAAGAGGAGGAGUUAGGAGUUAGAGUUAGAGUUGUUGAGAAGACAGUCUGGAGUUAGAAGAGACAGAGAGGAGAAGUCUGUGGGUUGGGCUAGUCUGAUGUGGGAGAGUGAGAGACUGUUAAGAGGAGUCAGUCAAACAGUUGAGAUAAUCAGUCAGAAGGUAUUAGGAAGGUAUAGGCUGGUAAAGAAACUAAAGUUAAGAUACUGACAGGAAUAUUAUCUGAGAAACCAUAAACUUGUUAAUAUUUAUAAAAUAAACUUGUUUAUUUGGUUCACUUUUAACAACUGUCUGGACUCAGUGUUUUACCCGAGAGUAAUGUGUUGGUGGCAGCGGGGAAGCGAGCACAGUGGUGGCACAUGGAUCAAUAGAACGUUAAACGUCCAGGGACCCUGUGUGAUCUCCACAACAUCUAUCUGUCUCAAGAGACAAUGGAGUGCACCUCCAGGGGUAAAGUCAAACUACUGCAUUAGCUGCACCUAAGUGACCUCCCCAGGGCACAAGCCUCAAAGCAGACUCACUGAAAUCAAUUAACAUGGCUAAGUAAAACUUGGUUGAAUACCACCUUUGGAGUGAAAUUUGCCUAGCGAGUUCUGUCAGCUCAAGCCCUGUGCAAGGGCUUUUGACUGCACAAUGGGGCUUUCCUCCUCCUGCGUGUCCCCUGAAAUGGACUCUGUGGAGUUGGAAGGACCCCUAAAACAGUGAGCAGGAAGGUGGAGGAACUGAGCUAGGGGAAUCAUUCUGUCUGACAAGUCGGAAUCCUUGUGCAGGCAAAAAGAUGGGAAGCAUUGAAUUCCACCCGCAGUGUCUCUCAUUCCAUCCAUCCUGGGAAACAGAACCUUGUGGGGUUUUUUGUGUGGCCAUUCUCCAUCUCUUUCCCUCUCUGUUCCGGCUUAUCGGUCCCUUUCCUACCUGCUUUUUAUUUCGUUACUUUGCUUAUUUACUGCCUGGAUCGUUCCUGGGCUGUCUGGGCAAGCCGCUUGCCCUUGCGUGACUUAGCUCAUUCUUUUGGGGAGAGGGUAUUGAUUAUUCUCCAGCCACUUUGGAACGCAAUAUAUGGCCCUCAUAAACACAGGGACCAUUCUGAGCACCUUCUCAGACUGCGCUAACAUUAAAUUUGUCUCUCCCUUAGUGCCCAAAUGCAAAUGAAACAGAGGGGAGCAAGGACAUUUUUCCGAACGGAGAAUUCUUUGUGUGCUAAAUCCUCUUCGCUUCAUGAUUCAGUAGGGCAACUAAGAUGGCACGCUAGGUCCUGUAAAUCCACGAGACAGGUAGAAAGUCAAAGGAUGAGCCAGAACUUGGGGUGUUGCCUAAUGAAAGCGCCAUAGCUCAGUGUGAGAAUAUCUGCUUCACAUGCUGAUGGUUUGAUGCUUGAAAUCCCCAGGAAGAACGGGAAAAGAAUUCUGCAGAGGUGCUGCUGGUUCAGUGCAAGCAACAGUGAAUUAGAUGCAGUAGUGGCCAGUUUGGUAGCAAAGAGGCACCCUCUCUUGACAUCAGUCUCGCGGCAACUUACCGUAUUUUUCGCUCUAUAAGACGCACUUUUCGUCUCCUAAAAAGUAAGGGGAAAUGUGUGUGUGUCUUAUGGAAUGAAUGCAGGCGGGAGGCUCUGCUCAGUGCUCCCUUUAAAGAGCCCCAUGGAGCGUGUGUGCGGCUCUUGGGGGGUUUUCCCCGAGAAGGGCUGCCCUUCUCCCUCCUCUUUAAAGGGAGCGCGGCUCUUGGGGGAGCCUUCAUCCCGCUGCCCGGGAGAGGCUGCACGUGGCUAUCCCAUAAGCCAGGACAGCAAGAGGGAUCACUGCGCAGCGAUCCCUCUUGCUGUCCUGGCUUCUGGGAUUCAGAAUAUUUUUUUUCUUGUUUUCCUCCUUCAAAAACUAGGUGCGUCUUAUGGUCUGGUGCAUCUUAUGGAGCAAAAAAUACGGUACUUGGACAGGGAUAAGGCAGGGAACAGAAAGCUGGACUAGGUGGGCCAUUGGCCUGAUCCAGCAGGUUCUUCUCAUGUUCCUGUGAUACCAGGCCUCACCAGUGGGUCAGAGGAGAUUGUAGACGGCUCUCCAGUGUAGUGGCUCCUUGGGUAUUGGUGAAUGUUGGGGACAAGUUGCUGAAUGCCAAUGCAGUGGUGUAGCGUGGUUUGCAGUUGUCUGGGAUCAGGCAGGCGCUGGGGGGACAGGGUGCGGAGGGUAACAGAGCCCAGCACACCAGCCCAGCCCUCGCUGCCAAUGCCACCGGAGCGACCACCACCACCACUGGAGCCAAGUGGAGCCACACUGCGCCGUUUGCCCGCCAUGCAGGGGGGAGUUUGUCUGGGCCCUUGUAUCAUCUCAGCCUCACAAUAGGGUUGCCAUACGUCUGGGUUUUCCUGGACAUACAGUGGUACCCUGGGUUACAGAUGCUUCAGGUUACAGACGCUUCAGGCUACAGACUCCGCUAACCCAGAAAGAGUACCUUGGGUUAAGAACUUUGCUUCACGAGGAGAACAGAAAUCGGGUGGCGGCGGCGGCACGGCAGCAGUGGGAGGCCCCGUUAGCUAAAGCGGUACCUCAGGUUAAGAACAGUUUCAGGUUAGGAACAGACCUCCAGAACGAAUUAAGUUCUUAACCUGAGGUACCACUGAAUUCAGAAUACUGCAGUCAGCAGCAGUGUCUGGGCAGAAAUUGGGAAAAUGUCUGGGAAAAUCCAGAUGUAUGGAAGCCCAUGCCAGCAGUGCUGUUUUGGCCGAUUUCAAAACAGCUUUUCCGUCUCGGUUUUCAUUGUUUGAAAUAUGGCAACCCUACCUCACAGAGCAGCCCCGUGCUGGCAGGGUGGCAUGAGAAAGAUACAACGGCCAUGUGCCCUUCAAUCUCAGCCUCGCAAAGCGAGGGCAAGGCUGGGAUCAAAGAGCACACAGCUAUUGCAUCCUUCUCACGCUGGCCUGCCAGACCUGCUCCGAGGCCGAGAUCUGUUCUGAACGAUUUGCCCGGCAAAGCAAUCAAAAGCACAUCCUGGACAGUGUGAGUUCGUAUAUUCAUGUCAGAAGAUGACUUGAAACAAAGCCAAUAUAAGCUUCGCAACUGAAAAUGGCCGAAGAUCAUUUCUGCAGCUGACCUUAAAUGAACUUUCCUAAUUUUCCUUCAUGCCAUGAAGAAGUCUUGUCAGUUUCACGGUCUGGCUUUUGAUCUCAGAAGUGAAAUUGACAAAGCUUAAUCACAGUCCUGAGAGAAGUGCUUUUGGGAAAGAAAUGAGUGGUUUGUUUCUGCCACUCAGCUGCUAGAGUGCACCUCUUGCCCUUUGCAUGUUCAGACCUUUAAACCUCCCCCUUAAAUAAAUUCAGACAAGACUCAAAUAUUGGUUUGGUUUUUGGCAGAAUUUAGGCCGCAACUUUAUUGAUUACAGAAUGUGACUGGUUGCAUAGGCUCUGGUCCGACUAGCUCCCUGCCAUGCAGGUAGCGCUGACCCAGGAUUCCAGCAUAGGUCAGCCAAGGGUGAACACCUGGAUAAGUGGAAAGCCGGGAACAGGCUAACUCCGCCACCCAAAUGUCCCCCUGGACUCAGGCACGGGCACAACCCCCUCUCAGGGGUUGACCAAACCAUCGAGUCCCUGGAUUCCUUUAACAGAAUACACUUCACAUAGGGAUGGUGAGAGCUUUCUCCCAUCCCUAUCACCUGAACCAGAGCCUGUCCGCAACCUUACAAGUUGUGACGAUUUGCUACGCAGCAGGCAAAACCCAAAUGGCAACAGCCAAUCAGCCAAGUGGGGAAAAUUCCUGCCGUGCCCCUGUCCUGUCCCAAUGACAAACAACACAUGAUGGCAUAGCAAGGUCAAGUGCAAAGCCCUAAAAGUAGGGAGAGGUGUUCCGAAUGCAUGCGGCGAAAAGGGAAGCUCUGGAUUACAUGCAUGGGCAUAAAUAGGUCCCUCAAACCGUUUGGACUGUGUCCCAUUGGCCAGAUUGCACCCAGCUACGAGGGACCUACCAAUCGGGUGUUGUGGCUGACCAAUCGUACCCACCCACAACACAGGGUGUUGGUUUCCAGGUCUCACCACAAUAUGUGCCCUCUUUAAGGGAGGACCAGAUUUGGAGAAAAGGGAAGGAAUUUAAAAAGAUGAAUUCAUAAGGGCACUUUGCUGGCUGCUCUCUUCCCUGAAGACUGUUGCCUCUGCAGCAAGAGGUUUUCCCCCCACUGUCCUUCCCACAACUGCAACCUCCAGUGACUAGAUGUAGUGCAAUUGUCACAGGUGAAGAGGCUGUGGAAAUAUGUCAUGGAGGAAUAAACAGGUUGGGACACUCUUUGCGAGAUCAUGUGCAUAAACUCUUAAAAUGGACGGUGCUGAUUUGAUGCAUGUUUACUCCUAAAUAAAACUUGCAUUGCAUUGAACUGUGUACUAGGGCUGUGUACACACUAUAUGUCUUUAAAGCACAUCUGAAUCCCUGCUGAUAAAGUAGCUUCUUGCAGGGAAUGGUCAGGAAUUUGUUCCUACCUGAUUUGUGCACAUCAAAAACUAUUCACACUUCUCCAAAUUUUGUAGUGGUGUUCUCUAACAAAAAAUAAGCGCAUAUAUUAGAGGGAAAUGCAUAUAAAAAUGCAGAUAUUGGGGUUUUUUUUAAGGUAAUAAUAAAAAUAAAGAUGCAUAUACAGUAUAAGUAGGAAUAUGUUUGUGAAAAUGCACAAAUUAGUGACUUUCUUUUUUGGGUAAAAUGUUAAGAGAAAUGCACACUGAAAUGGUGGUGAAUUUUUGUGAGGCCUCUUUUUUUUAAGUGAUGUGAAAAUGUGGUGAACUUAACUUCAGUUAUGACAAAAUGAGAAACUGAGAGAAGCCCAAAUUAAUGGAUUGAUCUGUCCCUUGGCUGUGGAAGCUCAUGCUACAGUCAGUGGUACAAGACUUUCAUCCACCUCCAUAUAUCAGCAGGAAAAGUUCAGUGGAAGUUUGAGCUGUGCUCCUACAGGCUGUUCCAUUAUUCACACUAAUUGGGUUUUCGCUUCCCAGACAACCCUGUUAUUCAAUCAGUGGAAACUUCCACUUAUUGGGGCAGAGGGAUUGAACUAUUUUCUAUAGAGGAUGCUGAGAUCAAGAACAUAAUAUUUUGUUAAGAGCAUUUUGGAUACACUGUACAGAAGUGUACCAAGAGAGUGGAUCCCUCUCUCAGAUGAAGUGGGAGAGCUCUCUUUAGAAUGCAGCAUCAGACUGGUAAGCCAGGGUCCCUGUUUUCUGAGACAAACCAUCAUUCAGCCUGAACCACAUCGGGCAGUCCCCAUUGCAAGCCCUGUGGCUGGCAUUUGUAAUGGGCUCGGUGUCAUUCAUCACACCUUUUCAGCAUGGCACUUCAGUUAGGGAGUUUGGCACUGAUUGCAGGAUGUGAAAAUCUGCUGAAGAAGUUAAUAGCAGUGCCAAAAUGGGGUUCGGGUGGGCAGGGGUGUUAAUAAAUAAAUAAUAAUUGUUAUGUGGAAUGUGGGUGAUGCUGUUGGUUAAACCACAGAGCCUAGGACUUGCCGAUCAGAAGGUCGGCGGUUCGAAUCCCUGGGACGGGGUGAGCUCCCGUUGCUCGGUCCCUGCUCCUGCCAACCUAGCAGUUUGAAAGCAUGUCAAAGUGCAAGUAGAUAAAUAGGUACCACUCCGGCAGGAAGGUAAACGGCAUUUCCGUGCACUGCUCUGGUUUGCCAGAAGCGGCUUAGCCAUGCUGGCCACAUGACCCGGAAGCUGUACGCCGGCUCCCUCGGCCUAUAGAGCGAGAUGAGCGCCGCAACCCCAGAGUCAUCCGUGACUGGACCUGAUGGUCAGGGGUCCCUUUACUUUUACCUUUAAUUCUUAUGUACUAAGCUUGGAUCCUAGAACAAUAGGCAGGUAGGAUCAUAGAAUACAACAACCUGAUUGGCUUGCUGGUAAAACCUAGAAAGGUAUUGGCAUGCAUAUUUACCCACUACUGAGGUCCAUUGCCAGCUAGAAACAAAGGAGCUAUACUUAUUCAGAGUACCAUUCUUCCAUUUUCUUUGUUCCGCUAUGUCUGACCCACAGGCCAAAUGUGGCCCACCAGGCUGUUUUCUCCAAACCGCAUCCACCAGCCCCACACUUGAUGUCAUGUGUGAUGUCAUGUGUUGGGCAAGUAGAGACAUGGCUGGAUCCUGCAGCUGGAAAGCAGGAUUGAACUCUCUGCACGUCCUCUGAAAAGCUGGGGGUUCAAUCUUGCUUGGUUUGGGUGCCCAAGCAAGUUCCCCAUCGGGAACUUGCUGAUGCACCUGGAACCUGCAGAAAGCAGAACUGAAAUCAGCUGAUGCAUGGGGAGUCAUUUUGGACUCACAGCUGUCCAUGGAGGCGCAGGUCAAUUCUGUAUCCAGGGCAACUGUUUACCAGCUCCAUCUGGUACGCAGGCUGAGGCCCUACCUGCCUGCAGACUGUCUCACCAGAGUGGUGCAUGCUCUAGUUAUCUCCUGCUUGGACUACUGCAAUGUGCUCUACGUGGGGCUACCUUUGAAGGUGACCCGGGAAAUACAACUAAUCCAGAAUGCGGCAGCUAGACCGGUGACUGGGGGCGGCCGCCAAGACCACAUAACACUGGUCUUGAAAGACCUACAUUGGCUCCUAGUACAUUUCCGAGCACAAUUCUAAGUGUUGGAGUUGACCUUUAGAGCCCUAAACAGCCUCAGCCCAGUAUACCUGAAGGAGUGUAUCCACCCCCAUCGUUCUGCCCUGAUGCUGAGGUCCAGUGCCGAGGGCCUUCUGGCGGUUCCCUCACUGCGAGAAGCAAAGCUACAGGGAACCAGGCAGAGGGCCUUCUCGGUAGUGGCGCCCGCCCUGUAGAACGUCCGCCCAUCAUAUGUCAAAGAGAUAAACAACUCCCUGACAUUUAGAAGACAUCUGAAGGCAGCCCUGUUCAGAGAAGUUUUUAAUGUGUGACAUUUUAAUGUAUUUUUAAUCUUUGUUGGAAGCCGCCCAGAGUGGCUGGGGAAACCCAGCCAGAUGGGCGGGGUACAAAUAAUAAAUAUAUUAUUAUUAUUAUUAUUAUUAUUAUUAUUAUUAUUAUUAUUAUUAUCUUGCUUGGUUGGGAGAAUUUCAGGUAAUGAUAUAUGUAAGUUUAUUGAAAGCUGCCUAUUGGAACUCAGACUAGUUUUCUGUUUUCAUGUGGAUGGCUGAUCACCGUGCCUUACUAAUUUUGCCUGGCAAGGCUCAGAAGACUGUAAAUGAGAUUGACGUGAAAAAUUGUACCGUUGGUCUGGUGCUUAAAGCAAACGAAAAGGGACCAUGUAAUUUAGGCUGUUUUAGUUUGUCGAUACCGUAACUGCCUGUUUGGCAAACAAGGCCCUGCGUUAGCGCUUUGACAGUGUAUGGCCAUUCUGCUUCCGAGGCUCUGACAGCUAAAGAAUAAUCAGGCCAAAUCCACAAUGUAAAAAUAAACCAUGCGUCUCUGUUGGAUUGCUAACAAUGUGCCGUGGAAGGCAUGAGUUGCUUAGAACAACAGACAGCAAUGUAUCAAUAGCUAUUGCUGGGGAAAGGACUUAGAUCUCCAAUAAUGAAGAGUGAGAGAAGGUGACACAUGUCUCUUCCCCAUUGUCAGUACUGCGGGGCUUAAUUUGAGCUAGAGCACAAGAGAGCUUGGCCCAGAAUCUACUCCCCAUUCUUGGAAUGAAUCCUGAAAAUUUCAAAAUCAUAAUAUACCCGAGUCCUUUUGAUCGUGUGUGAAGUGUCUUUCUCUCGCUUCUUAGUGGCCACAACCAGCUCACACAUAUUAGAGGCUAGAACUUCAGUUUUAGCCCCCGGCCCUUUUGCUUUCCCAGCAAAGAGAGCAUCCCUCUCAUUUUGCCAAUUGAGCCCUGUUUCUUGUGCAGAUGGAGAGACUUGUACAAACUGAGCUCAGGUAUGUACAAACUCAGCAUCCCUAAAACCAGAAGCUUUGCUUUUGGGAAUUACAGGGACACAGUGGCGUAGCGUGGGUUGUCAGCACCCGGGACAAGGCAAGUAAUUUGUGCCCCCUAACCCGUGGAUUUGCACCCCCUAACCCUAACCCCCAGAUGUUGCGCCCGGUGCGGCCGGGCCCCCCCCUGCACCCCCCAUGCUACGCCACUGCAGGGACAGAACCACCCAAACCAUAUAGAUAUUUAUUCAUGUAUGCGACUACAGCAGCGAGAAUGUUACUUGCCCAAAAAUGGAAAGAAGAAGAAGUCCCAGCAAAAGAAGAAUGGAUACAAAAACUUAUGGAAUAUGCAGAAAUGGCGAAACUUACCGAAAAAAUAUGAAAUCAAAAUAACAAUUUUUUAAAAAUAAAAGAAUGGAAAUGGUUUAAGGAAUAUUUACAAACAAACUGUAAAAAAGGAUAAGAACAUUGGCAGGAUUAUUGUAAUGACCGGCAGUUUUAUAAGAACAUAUAUUUAAAGUAGAUGAAUAAAUGAGCAAAUUAAGUUAAUCAGGAUAUGCAGAAAAUAUUAAAAAUAAAUUUAAGGAACCGCAGAAAAAGGGGGAAGGAAGUCAAGUUUUGAAAUGUUAAAAUGAGUGUAAAAUUAUUGAAAUGUAUAAAACUGAAAAUCAUUUUUAAAAAAGCAAAUCCAGCAUCCCUACCAAUAGAAAGAGUGGGUACCGCUAAUGAGAGUCGCUGAUAAUCAUAUGAGUAGGGAUGAGUUAACUAGGGUGGAGAACCAGAGGCUCUCAAGAUGUUGCUGGACUGCAACAGCCAGAACAGAUGGGAGUUGUGCCUCCCAUUUGUGUGCCCCGGGUUCCCUAUCUCUGCACUAAAGCACGGCCCACCUCUCUGCUUGUUUUCAUUGUAGAGAGAGUGCCUCUAACACCUCAAUAACCUGUAGGUCUGAAAUAAUGGAGACAUAGGUAAAGGUAAAGGGACCCCUGGCCAUUAGGUUCAGUCGCGGACGACUCUGGGGUUGCGGUGCUCAUCUUGCUUUACUGGCAGAGGGAGCCGGCAUACAGCUUCCAGGUCAUGUGGCCAGCAUGACUAAGCCACUUCUGGCGAACCGGAGCAGUGCACGGAAACGCCGUUUACCUUCCCGCCAGAGCAGUACCUAUUUAUCUACAUGCACUGGCGUGCUUUCGAACUGCUAGGUUGGCAGGAGCAGGGGACCAAGCAACGGGAGCUCACCCCGUCACGGGAAUUCGAACCGCCGACCUUCUGUUCGGCAAGCCCUAGGCUCUGUGGUUUAACUCACAGCGCCACCCGCAUCCGAAUGGAGACAUAACAAUAGUUUUAUGCUAUUCUAUAAUUUAUUAUUGAAGCAGGCAUUCCUCACACCACAUCUGAAGAGAACACAAUUAACAUGAUGUUCUUAUUUUUUUACUAACACAGAUGGACAUGAGUACGAAGUUACUAGAUAUAUAUAUCUGUAAGAGGUUGACAAGUCAUUAUGGUUUGGAAAAACCCCAGUGGCCCAUGAUUUCUCAGUGGUCUUUGAAACCGCAAUGUCUCCUUGCAGCAUAACUUAUGAAGAGGUUGAAGACUCAGCCUCUGAUCUUGAGAGACUAGAGAGCAUCUGCUUUGCCACACAAAGUAGUUUCCAGCUUUACCUCGUGGAAUUUCGCCCAGCAUUUGUAUAUCCAGCAAAUGUCGGAUUUCCUCAUCCUGUUGGUUUUAUGGUCUGGCAAAAGAAAAAUGCUAGCAAGCAUAUAGAAUGUUCAUUUUUGUACAAGGGCCAAAGAGAGAGGCAGGCAGGGACAGCGAGUGUGGGAUGUUUUGGAGAUUAGCAUAGUUUCGCUCUGUUGAUCUUGAUCUCCUUCACCAUGGUGGUGCAAGCUUCUGGGAGCUGUUAAUGGUGCCAGCAAUUAUCAAUCACAAUUAAAAUUGCAUCACAAAUGUAGAAAACCCUAUCUUGGGCCAGGCAGCCAAUGAGGGUUCUUGCUGAAUAGCAGCAGCCCAGUCUAUGACCAGUGCAGUUUUUUAACUGUUCCAGCUUGCUACAGACCCAAGCCAAACCGACAUAGGCUGGGAUCCCACCACCCAGCACAAUCCUGCUCCCCCACCAAACUGAGCAGCAGCCUUCAUUUGAACAGUUUUGUCAACACCUCGCUUUCCAAAUGAUGGCCGCUGAACCGAUGGAGGUUUGAAUCACUGAGUCAUUAAACAAGUGGAACAGAACUUCCCCUCCCUCUCCUCUUCCUGCCUUCCUCCUCUGCCCCAAAUCUGUUCCAGAGCAAUGUGGAAAACCCCAGAUAAGACUUGAGGGUGCAGCUGGGGAGAGGAAUGUACCAUCACAUGAGUGGAAGUUGUUCUGCUCCUGCAAUGGCUUCCAGACCCUCCAGGUUUCCCUGUAUUCCAGGGACAGUCCCAGAUUUACAGAAGCCAUCCUGGUUUCUGAUUUGAUCCCAGAAUGUCCCGCUUUUCCUUAGGACAUCCCUGUUUUCAUUGGAGAAAUGCUGGAGGGUAUGGAAUUAUGCUGUUCCAUUUACGCCUGCGUGGGGCCGGUGCUUGAGGAGGGGCUGCACAAUGUAGAUGUUGUAAUCCCCCUGAUUCAAGGGGAGUUAGUGAGAUUGCUCUAGGAAGAUGGUCGCUCUCAGUUCUAUUAAAAGUGCUGAGACCCUGUACCCUCUCCAAAAUUGUUGGAGAGACCAGGAUAUGGUCAAUCACACUUGCACCACGAGGGCCGAUAAAAGAGAAGAAACCUCCUGACCUGUCCAUGUAAGUACCAUGCAGGUUGUACAGAUUAUGCUUAAAAGCAAUCUCCAGUAAUGUAAUACCUGCCUUGUUCAAGACCUUUUCAUCAGAACUCCAAGGGAUAAGCCAGUCUGCCUCUGGUAGAAACUGGGUUUUGGAGCCAUACGAAUUGAUGUCGCUGCCUAUCCUGGCAUUAAAGUCACCUGCCAGCAGGAUGUUCCAGUCAGGGAAUUCUAUUUUGGCCUUCUCCAAGCAUGACUCCAAAUCUUCCCAGAUUUGUACUGUCUGAGAGGAAGUACACACGGGGGGGAUAUAGACGUUGAAACAUAGAAGAUCUCCUCCUGUGUUAUUGGAGAUAAGUAAAAUCUGAAAAUUGUAUGGAAUUAUGCGACCCCCCAAGCCAAGGAGAUAAGUACCGUAACUAUACAACCUUUAGAAGAAACCUGAAGGCAGGCCUGUAUCGGGAAUGCUUUAUUAUGUUUUCAUAUAUGUUGGAAGCCUCCCAGAGUGGCUGGGGCAACCCAGUCAGAUGGGUAGGGUAACAACAACAACACCUUGGUUUUUGAAUGUCUCCAUUUUUGAACAUUUUGGUUUUCGAAAGCCGUAAACCCAGAAGUAAAUACUUUUCAAACUUUCCUCAGAAGUCAAACAUACCACGCGGCUUCCGUACUGAGUUUUCCUCUUUGAGGCUUCCAUACUGAGUUUUUGGUUUUCAAACAUUUCGGAACUCAAAUGGUCUUCCAGAAUGGAUUACUUUCGAAAACCGAGGUAUCACUGUACAGUGGUUCCUCAGGUUAAGAACUUAAUUCGUUCCGGAGGUUCGUUCUUAAUCUGAAACUGUUCUUAACCUGAGAUACCACUUUAGCUAAUGGGGCCUUCUGCCGCCGCCGUGCCUCCACGGCAUGAUUUCUGUUCUCAUCCUGAAGCAAAAUUUUUAACCCGAGGUACUAUUUCUGGGUUAGCGGAGUCUGUAACCUGAAGCGUCUGUAACCUGAAGCGUCUGUAACCCGAGGUACCACUGUAAUUGAAUAGGAUGUCCUUACUUUCAUCAGAGAAAUAUUGGAGGCUAUGGGCUUCAUUGUAUACAACCCUGAAUGUGGGAAUGUGAUUUAUCUGAGGGGUUGAUUUUGUGUGCACCUUCUUUUCCAUGUGUGCAUCAGGAGACACAAGAUUUACAGAGAGGAGCGCAACCUCACCUCGGACUCAAUAACGCAGCUCAGGCAGGAGGCAAGCUGGCUCCAGUUCCACCUGGGAAUCAAUCGCUAUGCCUUGUACCCACGGUCCAGCCCUCCGAUUGACCAGCUCCUCCGGGACACACAAAACUUUGGAACCAUCAGCGCUGGUAAAGCUUCCUUUCUGAGAAGGAUUAAAAUUUACAGCAUGCAAUGCUUUGAAAGAAAAUGUGAUGAAAAUGAUGUAUAGGUGGUAUAUUACCCCUGGUAAAAUUAGCUAAAAUGUAUAAAACAAGUAAUAAAUGCUGGAAAUGUAAAGAAAAGGAAGGAACUUUUUAUCAUAUGUGGUGGAAAUGUAAAAAAGUGAAAAACAUCUGGGAAAUGAUAUGAAAAAGAUGUUGAAAUAUACAUUUAUUUAAAAACCAGAAGCAUUUUUACUUGGCAUUGUAGGGGAUGAUAUUAAUAGACAGGAUUGUAAGUUGUUUUUAUAUGCAGUGGUGGCAGCAAGAAUAUUAUUGACACAAAAAUAGAAGCAAGAAGAAUUAUCGACAAAAGAAGAAUGGCAAAUGAAAUUAAUGGACUAUGCAGAAUUAGAUAAAUUAACAGGAAGGAUUCGAAACCUGCGGGAUCAGAGAUUCUUAGAAGACUGGAGUAAAUAUUUGAACUAUUUGAAAAACAACUGUAAUAAACAGAUUACGCUAGUAGGAUUGCAAGAAGUUCUGUAAUUUGAAACAUUGCAAGAAAGACUAUGAUGAGAAUUAUUAGUUAAGGACAAUUAAAAGUAAUAGAGAAAUUAAGAAAUGCAGAACAAGUGAUAGAGAACGGAAAAUCUUCAGAAGUUGUUGACGGAAGUCUAAAAUAUUGUAUAAGAAAAGAAGUUAUGUUAAAUGAUUGUUGGAAAUGAUAUGUUUUAAAAAACCCAAUAAAAGGUAAAGCUUCCUUUCUGAACUGCCACCUCCACCAGAUCAUGAACUACAAGCGCAGAGCAAGGUUGGGGGAAUGAAUGCAUGUCUGAUUAGUGGCCGGGUUACUUUUUUCUUAAUGAAAUGCCAUUGCAGCCAGCUAGCCACUAAUGUGGAUAGGGAAAUACUGGGCUUUAAGGGGCUCCCUUUGUCUUUAAUUAAACACUUCCCGUUUGCACAUUCAGUCCAUUUUAUUGCUUUCCGAUGAGCACAAGUAUAGAGAGACAACAAAGGGGUAGUUUGUUAAUUGCCCUUGGAAAAGCUUCCUUUAAUUAUCACAAUGUCCAUUACUGUCCCCAUGAAGGGAAAGCACUUUGAUUACUGGUUUCCUCCCAUUAUUAUUGUUUCGGUCUCCAUUUUUUGGUAGCUAAUAAUAUCAUUUUGCUAUAAAAUACAAUGGUACCUCGGGUUAAGUACUUAAUUUCUUCCGGAGGUCUGUUCUUAACCUGAAACUGUUCUUAACCUGAAGCACCAUUUUAGCUAAUGGGGCCUCCCGCUGCCGCUGCGCCGCCAUCACGCAAUUUCUCUUCUCUUCCUGAAGCAAAUUUCUUAACCCGAGGUACUAUUUCUGGGUUAGCGGAGUCUGUAACCUGAAGCAUCUGUAACCUGAAGCGUAUGUAACCCGAGGUACCACUGUAGACGAAAAGGUCAUUAGAAGAAAACACAUAUGAAGACCUGCUUCCGAAAGCCCUCUUGAUUACAAAAAGCAGUUUCCACCACAUGACAUAGUGGGCCGCUCUGUUGUUUUUAGCAAUUAAACCUUGAAUGCAUCCAGUAGUGGGCCUCUAAACCUGGCUGUGGAUUUUACCCUCUCCCCACCACUGAAAACUCCCCACCUUCUCCCUGCCAAAAUUUCCCAUACAGUGGUACCUCGGGUUAAGAACUUAAUUCGUUCCUGAGGUCUGUUCCUAACCUGAAACUGUUCUUAACCUGAGGUACCACUUUAGCUAAUGGGGCCUCCCGCUGCCGCCGCCACUGCCACAUGAUUUCUGUUCUCAUCAUGAAGAAAAGUUCUUAACCUGAGGUACUAUUUCUGAGUUAACGGAGUGUGUAAUCUGAAGCAUCUGUAACCUGAAGUGUCUGUAACCCGAGGUACCACUGUAGUGCUCUUGUCAUGACUAAAGGAGACCCAAAAUACACCCCCCUCCCCCCAAAAAAUCAUCAUUGUGCAGAGUGUCAGAAGACCUUAAUACCCCCUGCUAGGACAAUUACAUAAGUUCUAUCACACACCGCAUCUCCUUAAAAAAAAGCAUUCCUAUUGGGUGAGCCUGAAGCUCAUGGCUUUUCGUUUUCAUUCCAGAUUACAGCCAGGACGAGAAAGCAUUGCUGGGUGCCUGUGACUGCACACAAAGUAAGUCAAGUGCCUCAGUUUCUACGAAUCACAGGAAUAAUAAAACCAUAGAAUCUUAGAGUUGGGACCCAAAGGGUCAUUUAGUCCAACCCCCUACAAUGCAGGAAUUUCAUCUAAAGAAUCCCUGACAGCUGGUCAUGCAACUUUGUUUUUAAAAUUUCCAAUGAGGAUGAGGAGAGGAAAAUUGGAGAAAUUUUAAUAACAGCGUUCUCUAUUAACAUGGCCAUUAACAAAGCCAUUACAUUGAUUAUUAGUCUGUGUUUUGUGCCACCCUAAAAUUAACUUUGAUCUGCUGUUGCUGCUGCUGCUUCCUUCCUUCCUUCCUUCCCUUAUUCCAUAGAUAUUAUAGGUUUUGUUUUGCAUUUUCUUACGCUCUGUAGGCGACCACCUCUAUAUGCAAAUAUAUCUUAAUUACGUUGUGAAUAUUACAAAAACCGAGCUGGGUCAGUAAUCCAGAAUUCUUUUAAUCAGCUUGGCGUACAUGGAAACGAGCCACUUAAAUUGGAUGGAGAGCCUUUGACCCAGAACACUUCAAUCAAAGUUAUGCCCCUAAAUUGAAAUUUUCAUAUUCAUAGAACAGCAGCCUGCUCUGGCAAGGCAUCCCUCAUUUCCUAGUGGAGUAGUAGGCGAAGUCUAGAUGCUAAUAACGGGUUGGAACAGAAACGCAGAGCAAAAUGAGCCGCUGGUUUCAGUCCCUCUCACCCCCACCCAUACCUGUAGUGUGUGUGGCUUGUCUCUUUAAGAAGCAGGCAUAGCCUGUAAGAAGAAACUCAUUUCCCAACCCCCCUAGUUAACUAGGAACUAGUUGGAACCUCAGUCUUGGAUAUGUAGCAAGUCCCCCUGUUAUACAGAGUGCUGUUCUCCUGAAUUCAAUACAGCACUAAGUGGGUUAGGCAUUGCAGAACAAGGUCUGCUCGUGCAAAGGGACUUUCCCCCCUUUCCACCCAUUAGGGGUGUCAUUUUAGGGAAUUCAUUUGAGGAAUUCAAAUCUGCUUUUAGCUUCAUAAGUCUACAUUCGAUGAAGAAACAUAUAAACUGCAUUUGGAAAACCAAAGGAUUUUAAUUUUACCUUCUUAAAAUGUCAGGUAAUGCUAAAAGAUCAUAAUCAUAAUAAUAAUGUUGUUGUUGUUGUUAAGUGUGUGUGUCUAACAAACACUAAAAGUAUUUGGCAAUCAUUUUUUAAGGAUUUCUAUGCAAUUUUACACACAUUUUGCUUACCAAGCAAAGCUAAAUUAUAUUAAUUUAACCAAAAUAUAAUUUGAAUUCCCAAGUCACGUAACAACUUUUGAACAACUCUGAUUUUUGGAAUUUGAAAGUUGAAGAAUUCAGUACACCCUACCUCCGCAUGUACCCUCAGCAUGUUUUAGGGCAGAUUUAGGGGGUGUGGGGCGAGGAGUGAGGGGAGAAAAGCCCCAUUGCAUGAGUGGAGCUCAUUCCAGGCAACAACUUAGUUGAAUCCCACCUGAAUAACUUGCCAGGUUAACACUAAAGAGUUUCCGUUUUCUCAAAAGUCCGUUUGAAUAAUGAGCUGAGCAUCUCGGUUUCACUUUCCAGUUGUCAAGCCCAGCGGUGUGCACCUGAAACUUGUUCUGCGGUUCCAGGACUUUGGCAAAGCCAUGUUCAAACCCAUGAGGUAAGCUCAGUUCACCUGAAAACAUUUGCCUAGCCGUUGCUGUUAUUUAUCUUGUUUGGUAUGGUGUGCAUUUUCAUCAUGAUGACACCACCAUGAACAGAGGGGAAAGUGCAAUGGUAAAUCCUGGGUGGUAUUCAGUGGUGACUGUUUACAGAAGGGAACCCCUUAGUGGGAUGGGAGAAGAGUUUGAAGAAGAGUUUGGAUUUGAUAUCCUGCUUUAUCACUACCCUGAGGAGUCUCAAAGCGGCUCACAAUCUCCUUUUCCCUUCCUCCCCCACAACAAACACACUGUGAGGUGAGUGGGGCUGAGAGACUUCAGAGAAGGGUGACUAUCCCAAGGUCACCCAGCAGCUGCAUGUGGAGGAGCGGAGACACGAACCCGGUUCCCCAGAUUACGAGUCCACUGCUCUUAACCACUACACCACACUGCCACUUUCACCGAUUUUCCCCACUGCCCCCAGCAAUACCCUACACCCCCUUUAAAUAUGCUUAAAUCUAAAACAGAUUGGUGGGGCAGUACAAAGUGCUGCAAGGGGGAGUGCUGAAAAUUGCCUGCCUCCCUCCUCGUUCUGCUAACAGAUUGUCUUCUGUCAGAGGACCUUCACCAGUAGAUGUCAACCAUUCUUAAUAAGGCACAAAGUUAAGGAAUAAGGUUGUGGGCAGGGAAUUAAAUGCAAAAAGAAAGAAAGACAUGAAGUGUAUUGGAGCAUUCUUGCUUUGAGGGAACAGGACAUUAGCUUUCCCUUUCCACUCUGGCACGAGUUGGUAACUGGAAUCAGUUCUUCCACAACAAGGGUGAGGAAGAUGUUCCUGGACCACAGCUCCCUUCCUCACUGGCCAUUGGCCAUCCUUGGGGGGAGGCUGAUGGGAGUUGGAAUCCAAUAAUAUCUGGUAGGCCUUACUCAACAAAGAGAGAAAAAGAAAGAGGGAGGAAAAGCAUACAGCAAGUGUGAGAAUGAGGUAUGUUUACUUAAUUGAAAUAAAAGUGAGAGCUGCCACCUGAUCAACUAAAUCUUAACUGAUUACUUGUAUGAGGUUUUUAUUUUAUUUAUUUUUAAAAAAAUAAAUCAAUUGGAUUUCCCCCCUCUAGAGAUUGAAAAAAAAUGCUUCUCGUUUUUAGAUGAUGCAGCUCUAUGCCGCAGCAGCAGCCAUCUUAGAAGAGGCAUUCCCUUCGUGUGAGAGAGUAUAAAAUGACUCUUCUAAGAUGGCCCCUGCUACCCACCCACAGGUUUUGUAAGCACUUGCUUGGCAAAUAAUAUUCUGAUUAUAUAUAUAUUUUUGAAUCAGUCAGCAGAGAUUACUAGUUAGAAAAUUUUAAAAAACAACAACAGCCCACCAACCUUAAUUUAACACAAUUAAAGUUAAGCUAAGGUUGAAGGAGGCCUUAUUAUUUUGCAGCCCUCUUGUGCAGACUUGCCUCACCUUUAAAAAAAGGGGGUAAUAGGUACCAUUUUUCUGUAUUUUAGAAGUAACUGUAAGCACAGAGACACGUUAACACAGAGACAAUUUCACAGUCGUCUGUUCUGACAAUCAUUUGUCCUGCUUCUCUAGUUGUACCAUAAAUACUUUCCUUGCAAUCAGGAGGAUGUCAACGGUUAUGCAGAAGGAAUCUCCUUUCUCUUAGUGACCCCUAUCUUCCUUUCAGACAGAAACGAGAUGAGGAGACUCCAGAAGACUUUUUCUAUUUUGUUGACUUUCAAAGGCACAAUGCAGAAAUAGCUGCCUUCCACCUCGACAGGUAAUUUGAUGCUCUUGCUCACCCCUUCUUUGGACGUAUAGUUGGAGCCUAACCUGACUUCAGGGAGAAGAAAACAAGAGCUGCAGUGCUCAAAAGCCCAAGGAAUGGUAGUGUUGUCAUAAGAAGAGAUUCCUUAGGAGAGGGGAUUUAGGGAUCUGCAUUCAGAUUUCAACCAUAUAUGACGUCUCUUUCAAGCUGCCCAUAGUAUGCCUUUCCUAGUAUAUGCAUUCUUGUUUCGGGAGCAAACCAUUUCAAUGGCCACAGGCAUGAAUAUUGGUGUCUGGGAUCACCAGGAAAGGCUAUGGCAGCUCAGUGGUGGAACAUCUGCAUUGCAUUCUGAAGGUGCCAGGUUUAAUCGACACCAUAACCAGGUAGGGCUGAGAAACACACACACACACAACAAAUACACCCCUCUGAAACUCUGGAGAGCUACCAGUUUGUAUAGAUAAGUGUUGCUCAAAGUGUUGCUCAAGCCAAAAUCCUUGAGCUGGUGAAACAAGUUAGUUGAAUCCCACCUAGGAGAAUGCUGGACUAGAUGGGUCUUUGGUCUGAUCUUAUGUUCUUAAAACAUGAGCAGGCCAGAGGAGCUGCCACCAGCACAGAUGAGGAGCAUGAAGCAAAUUGUCUGAAUUUUCCAGCACUUGUCACAAUAUGUUCCUUAUUUUCAAAUAUCGCUCCCUACUCCAAACCGUUCCAGCUCCACAGGACAUUACGUACAUCCCUGGUUUUACACUCCUGAGGUGUGAAUCUUUUCCAUUUCCUAAUAGAAAAUGUAACCGGGCCAUCCCAAAAGCUAGAUCAGGCUUGCACAACAUGUUUUUGCACCACAUGUUAAACACCAGCUUAUGUAUGUAUGUGGCAGCCUAUUAUGGGCUCAAUCCAUCUCCCACUUUAGUUGCCUGUCAAGCCUCUGGCAGGCUGCAGAAAUAUGGCUGCAUUUGGCUUGGUGUGUCUCACCAAGUCCUCAGUCAGACCCAAGCCAAGCUUUUGUUUUGUUUUUGUGUUGAGCAACAGGCUAAAAAAUGAGUUCCAGCCGACUUGGGGGCAUUUUUAAGUGGCUUCUGUGCCAGUAUUAGUCAGUCUGCCUGGUGGUUACUGACUCACCAGCCAAUAAUGUUUUGCUCUGCUGAGAAAACACCACCGAGCCCACACAGCACCAUUUGCAAUUUUCGGUGGUUUGAAUCAGCCUAGGCAGUAGAAAUAUAUGUCCCACUAGGAAGAGUCUUCCAAGAGUUUGCAGGUUGUGCAAAGCUCUCGCAUGCACGGCACAUAAGAGCGUCAGUCAAGAGCCUUUCUGAAUUGCCUCUGCACCGACGGCAACAAUAGCAAAAUGGCACCCCAACAAGUGAGGCUGCAGCUGGUCUGCAUAUUUGUAGACGAUACACGGUUGAGCAUGAGGAUGCGGGAGAUGUGCCAAGACACAGAGAGAAGACAUGUUUUUGGAUGAUGGGCCACUAACGGGGACUGAAGAAUGAAGAAAAUCUUCAUGGAGCUGCUUAUGUUGACUGGCUACACACACACACACACACACACACACACACACACCAGUGACUCUCAAAAUAUAAUGUGCAAUUUGGAGGCAUAGGAAGUUGCCUUAUACCAGUGUUUCCCAAACUUGGGUCUCCAGCUGUUUUUGGACUACAACUCCCAUCAUCCCUAGCUAGCAUCCCAUCAAAGAUGAUGGGAAUUGUAGUCCGAAAACAGCUGAAGACCCAGCUUUGGGAAGCACUGCCCCUGUACUGCCCCUGGUUCCUCUAGCUCAGAAUUGUCUACACUGACUGACAGAGGAUCUCCAACGUUUCAGGAAGGGCUAUUUUUCCUCAGCCCUGCCUGAUGAACUCGGGCCUUUCUGCAUUCAGAGCAGAAUGCUUUCUGCUCUACCACUGACCAAUGGGCUUUCCCUUAAGACCUGUGAUGAUCAAGGCUCCCUGGUGACUUAAAUAUUAACAACAGCAGUGAAUAUUUUCCUCCACUUAACAGCACAGGACUUGAUGCUUUGCAGUUGUUUGCUCUUUGAGCUGCGUUAUCAAAGCUUUGUUUUACUAAGUAUUUGGGAACACGCCCCCCUUAUUAUUUUUUUAAAGUAAUUUGAUGCAAAGGAAGACAUGACUGUUCUUCUUUCAAUAGGUAUGUAGAAUUUCAGCAGGAGGGGGGAAACCACCCCUCAUUUAUUCAACUAUUAAAGGCAGAGGGGUCUUCCCUCUCCUGAGCCACUGGUUGUCCCAGUCAUGUUGCACCUAUUCUCUGGAUACUUGGAACGCAGGAAGUGUUUUUAUGCCAAGCCAGACGACUGAUCCAUCCAAAUCAGCCUUGUCUACAGGCUCUACACUGAAGGACAGCAGCUCUCCAAGCUUUCAAAAGGGUCUCCUUCCUGUUAGGUUGUGGGUGAACAUAUCAGAUGACACAGCGAUUCUUCAAACAGCUCUUGUUUAUUCACAGGCCAGGACAGAACUGAACUGAAGGCUUCAGCCAGCCUGCUUAUAUAGAGCUCCACUAGAACGCAACAGUAACCAUUUUCUGUAACUAUCCAAUCACUGAACGUCACUUUCGAUCCUUUAUUUGCAUAACUAUCUACAGUAUCCCCCUGCUGGCCCAGGGUGAGAACUUCAGUACAUAACACUUCCAAUCCCUGCCCUGGAAUUAAAGUGGGAGAUCUUCUGCCCACAAGGCAUGCUCUCUGCCAUCAAACUACAAAUAAAAACCAUGAGCUGCAAAGGAAACGGCUUAUUUGGGGAUAUUUCACCUCAAGUCACAUUUCUGCCCCCAACUUCUGUUGCAGAAAUUCAUCAUACGAAAGGGAUGAAAGUUGAGGUCCGAUUUAAGAAGAACUGAACCUAUGAAUCAUACAUUUUUAUCAGUCAGCUGAGUGCCUCCCUACAAAGGAGGGCGAAGCUUCCUUUUUCUUUUUCACCCUGAAAUCUUGGCAGUGAAAUGAGUGUUUUGGCCUUGCACCAUCUGUCAUUUAUUUACUAUGAUUAUUCUAAAUUGUCCUGAGGCUUAAAAUUGUUCCCUUAUCUUGUAAAAAGGAAAGAGUUGUCCUUUUCUUUAUUGGCAGGGAAAUUUUAGAAACCGGGUGUUGGGUGCAAAGCGGGCGCAGCCUUUUCCUCGGUCAAUCCCUUCAGUCAUUAAACCAGAUCACAUUCCAGCUUUGCUGAGGUUCUGUUAUGUGGGGCACUUAGCGCACAAUUUAAUCUUGCCUGGACUUAAUGGACAAUGCAAUGUAAGCCCACAAUGUAAAAUCUAGCUUCACAAUUCUCAGCUGGCUGUCAUUAUUCAAAAUAAUCUAGUUGGGAGAAGAGCCAGUGCUUCACUAAAUGCAAUAAAAGUAAUGUAAUAUAUGAACCACGUUGAGGAAUGCAGGGAACUUUAAAAGAAUGCUCUGCAGGAAACAGAAUUGGCACAUUCUUCUUCACACACAGUAAACUACAGAUAAUGCCAUCGUAGCAGGCAGACCCAUUUGGCUGGAUUCCUACUCAAAAGUGUACUAAAUAUAUUGGAUCAGCUGGCCAGAUCUGGUCUGGGGAAGUGUGCUCAGUUUUACAAUGGGAUGAACAACUCCCCCUGCUAUGGAUUAAUGGGAAGGGUCUGCUACUUCUGUUUACUCUAAGAAAUACAGUCGUACCUUGGUUUUCGAACAGCUUAGUUCUUGAACGUUUUAGCUACCAAACGCCGUAAGCCCGGAAGUGACUGUUCUGGUUUGCGAACUAUUUUUGGAAGCCGAACAUCCAACGGGGCUUCCACAGCUUCCGAUUGGCUGCAGGAACUUCUUGCAGCCAAUCGGAAGCCGUGCUUUGGUUUCUGAAUGUUUUGGACUUCUGGAACGGAUUCCGUUCGACUUCCAAGGUACGACUGUACUUUCCUAGCUGUUGCCUCCCUUCUCCCCACUGCAGAAUCCUGGAUUUCCGCCGCGUCCCUCCAGUGGUUGGGAGAAUGAUUAACGUUACAAAGGAAAUCUUAGAGGUCACCAAAAAUGAAAUCCUGCAAAGUGUCUUUUUUGUUUCGCCAGGUAAGUUUCACCUGCGCUAUCUGCAGAAGCGGAAAACAACAGCUUUCCAGAAGCUGUGGUUUUAAGAGCUGCUUCAAACAUGACACAGAUAUCUCUUCUAUGUAGGAAAAAACAUGCACGGUGCAAACCACACAGUGUGUGUGACAUGAUGAUUGCCCUUGCAUCUCAUGCUGUGGAUACCAUGUGCUAGGAAGCUCUGGCAUAUUUGUUUGUUUGGAAAAAAUGGAUGAGCUGGCCAUAGCUUUCCAGAGAGUGUACAUGCAGCAAAAACAGUACAAACAAGAUCAGCAUUUGUGAUAAAAGCAUUUUUUCUUUUAAAGACUAGUAUUUGCCCAGGACAUUGGUCACAUUUGAAGUGGCCAUUGUACUCCUCCAUCAGGAAGAGUGUGGCCUAGCGAUGCUUGCUCUGCUUCCUUAAUAAAAGGCAAAUGAUUUAUACGAUUUGAAGAGAAAUGUUUGCUCUGUUUUGCUCUGCUUCCUGGCAUCUAGCCUUGUCAGUGAUAGGGGACCAUGCUGCUACUGCCUAUCCCAAAUGUUCAAAAAAUCACAAGCCACUCCACAAACCGUUGUGAUUUAUGAAGUGUAUAAAUAAAGGUGGGUUCAAAAUGAUGCCUCAUAUGUAACUUAAGAUGUUAUUUCCCCUGUGAUCUUAAUGACAUAUCGCUUUAAUAUGAGAAAAUAACUGAUCUCAUGUUUUCACCAAGGUCCCCCAGAUUCUUAAAACUGUGCAGCGCUGCAUUAGCCCUUUCACUCACAGAUUCUGCUCUCUCUGCAGCCAGCAAUGUCUGUUUCUUUGCCAAAUGCCCUUAUAUGUGCAAGACAGAAUAUGCCGUGUGUGGGAAUCCUCACCUGCUGGAAGGAUCCCUCUCUGUUUUCCUACCAUCUCUCAACCUGGCACCAAGAAUCUCCAUCCCAAACCCAUGGAUACGAUCCUACACCUUUGCUGGAAAAGAGGAGUAAGUGGGUAAAUGAAUCUCUCUCUUGGCCUGCCCUUAACUCGUAUUCUUAUUUAUAUAGCACUUGACACUGACUGCAUAUUUUGCAGUAUUUGUUGGGCUUAGCAGUCCUUCAGACGUCGGAAGUAUUUCUAUUUUACGAAGGUUAAACUAAGGGUGUCGUCCUAAGCAUGUUCAGCUUGCUUCACCAAACUAUUGUAUUGCUGUUUCACUCAAGACGCCGGUGGCGCUGUGGUCUAAACCACUGAGCCUAGGGCUUGCCAAUCAGAAGGUCGGCGGUUCGAAUCCCCGCGACGGGGUGAGCUCCCGUUGCUCGGUCCCUGCUCCUGCCAACCUAGCAGUUCGAAAGCAUGUCAAAGUGCGAGUAGAUAAGUAGGCUCCGGUGGGAAGGUAAAUGGCGUUUCCGUGUGCUGCUCUGGUUUGCCAGAAGCGGCUUAGUCAUGCUGGCCACGUGUACACCAGCUCCCUUGGCCAAUAAAGCGAGAUGGGCGCUGCAACCCCAGAGUCAUCCGCGACUGGACCUAAUGGUCAGGACCUUUACCUUUCACUCUAGAACGUGCCUGAGAAGGACUUUACUGAAUGUUUAGGCACAGAAGACCUGUUCCAUCUCAGAACAAGUGGCUGGUUGAGAAUCACCACUGUUCUUUGUUGCAAGAAGCAUAAGCUUUUUUCCAUGGAUAGAGCACUUGGGCCCCACCCAUAUCCCUAACUUUGGUUUGUUAAUAUCAUUUCAGAAAAGCAUGGGUAUGUUGUUCCUUUUACCUACCACUGCCAGAACAAAACAGGCCGAGAUCUGAUGCCACCAGAAGUAUCAUUGGCAAACUCAUUCCCACACAGAAGAGAUUGACAACCCUUCUAGAAAAGUAGCUACCUGCUCAAAAGCAGCACAGACCAGGUUUCCCCAACGGAUGGUGUUUGGCCACAACUCCCAUCAGCCCCAACUUGGUGCCCUCCAGAAAUUGUUACACCGCAACAUCUGGAGGACACCAAAUUGGGGAAACCUGGUGUUGUAUAUCCUUACUAAAGAGCCAGUGUAAUAAAUGCAGGACUAGUUCCCAACUAUUUCAGAAAAUAGGGAGGAACUCCCAGAAUAGUUGUGCUAGCAUUCAACCCCUUCCUUUGGCGUUUCUCGCAGAUGGGAAGUGAAUCCACUCUACUGCAACACAGUGAAGGAGAUUUAUCCUUACAGCAGCGGCACUCGGCUACUCAAUAUCAUCGACAUGGCAAUAUUUGACUUCUUAAUAGGUAAGUGGGAAACAGCAAAGUAAUAAUUAAUCUCAUGGAUCUGACACACUGUCGCGGAUGUUGCAAAUGUCGCUUGCUAUGUUGAAACCAGAUGGCUUGUAAAUAGUUUGGCAGCACUGGUAGCAUGUUUUCUGCUCUGAGAUCAGCUUGUUUCUAGCCGUUAUGCAAAAGUUUUAAAACACCAGUGACCUGUAUGUCAGCUUCGCCUUUGAGCCAGUGCCACCAACUGGGCUCAACCACUUCAGCCCCGACUGGGCCAGGCGAGCUGGGGUAGCACUUCCAGAGACCCUCUUCUGCAGGAACAGGUCUAAGUGCUGUGGUCUCACAACUCAGAGCUGUGAGCACCGAACUCACUUCCAGAAGACAGCAGUGCACAGCAGAGUAUAGCAGAGCAUAAAUCACUCGGACGACAGCGCUGAAGAAUAUCUUCUUUUAUUCACUACAGCUACUGUACUAUACAAACUAUACACAAAUGGAGACGCUGGACUGCACUGAGUGUUACAGCUGCUUUCUGCAGUGACCUUAUCUACCACAGAGAUAACACUCAGUCUCCCCUUUGAAGUGAGGCUGGAGCGGAAUAAGUAGCAAGCACAAUCCGCCCCCUCCUCUCUGGAAAAUGAGCAGAUUCUUGCAAUGGGAGGGGUGAAAUCUCCUCACUGUAUGCAUCUAGUUUGCUAAAGGCUUAUAAAGCAGAAAUGGAAUAAUAAUAAUAAUAAUGAAUAUAUUUAUACCCCACCCAUCUGGCUGGGUUUCCCCAGCUACUGUGGGCGGCUUACAACACAUAAAAAAUUGUAAAACGUUAGAUAUUAAAAAAUUCCUGAUACAGAGUUGCCUUCAGAAGUCUUCUAAAAGUCAGAUAGUUGUUUAUUUCCUUGACAUCUGAUGGGAGGGCGUUCCACAGGGCUGGCGCCACCACCAAGAAGGCCCUCUGCCUGGUUCUUUGUAACCUCACUUCUCGCAGUGAGGGAACCACCAGAAAGCCCUUGGAGCUGGACCUCAGUGUCCAGGCUGAACGAUGGGGGUGGAGAGACUCUUUCAGGUAUACUGCUUAGGGCUUUAAAGGCCAGCACCAACACUUUGAAUUGUGCUCGGAAAUGUACUGGUUCAGGACCAGUGUUAUAUGGUCUUGGUGGCCACUUCCAGUCACCCGUCUAGCUGCCGCAUUCUGGAUUAGUUGUAGUUUCCGGGCCACCUUCAAAGGUGCCAACCGGGCCAACCUUCAAAGGCUAUAAACAUGUAUAGCGCAUUGCAAUAGUCCAAGCGGGAGAUAACUAGAGCAUGCACCACUCUGGUGAGACAGUCCAGCAGGUGGCAGGUAGGGUCUCAGCCUGCGUACCAGAUGGAGCUGGUAAACAGCUGCCUGGACACAGAAUUGACCUGUGCCUCCAUGGACAGCUGUGAGUCCAAAAUGAUGCAUCACAUCCUUUUUCUACUGCUGCUGCCUCCUUCUCCUUGGCCCGAUCUUUCCUUUAGCUGCAGGAACCAAACAAAUAGGAAUCUUCUUUGCAAUGACAGUAUCAGGCUUGAAUCCCUCCUGUUCCAGUUUGGGGCCAUGGCAGAAGCAAGAGGUUAAAGCCCUCCUGGUUUAGCUCCUAGUGCAAUGGUCCCACUGGAAAGCCAUGGCAAACCACUAUUUUUCAGGCUUAGCUCCUAAAGGGAUGACACGAGUAAGCUCCCCUCGCUUUUGAAUUGCUGCGACAAAUACUUUCCCUAUAGCAUUCCCCUUCAAAGUGGCCUGUCUCUCUGCAGAUUUCUGGCUCAAUGCAACCAAAGGUAAGCAGCACUCCUAAGCUCCAUUGAUUUCAGUGGGGGAGUUGAAGCGCAUGCCGAACGCUCAUCCAUUGAUCAACAGGGUUUUAAAGAGCUUAACAGCUGGAUGCAUCAAGCCUGCCCUCUGAGAGUUCUAGGUCAGUCCUAAUAAAAUAGAAUGCUGAUGGAUCUGUUAGAAGAAAACAAGUCUAAAACGGGGGAAACUCUAAGCGUGUCUAAGUGUUCAUAACUAACAUCAAGUAUUUCCUCUCCUCCCUUAGCCAAUGCAGUUACACUGUCUUUCAUUACUAUCCCGCCAUCUGACAUGGUGUAGGCAUUUCCAAACCAUGUUAUUUAUGUCUGUCUGCUCCUAUCAGGGCAUCCCACUCCUUCAAAAGUAACUCAGUGGGGUUAUUUUCCUGCCGUAUCCCAUCAUGCAUCCUUGCAGAACUUUGGAACAAGUAGAUAUCACAAGCCUAUCUUAUAAGCAGCCAUUUGAUCCAGAUAAAAGCCAUUUUUGUGUCUUGCUCGCUGUUUCCUGUUUAGUUUCAAAGCUGCUAUUAAUACAUUGAUAUUAUACCUCAGAUAAUGUGUCUUGCAUGAGAUCUCAAGCAGUUGGAUUGGGUUAGUACUCUGGAAGAACCAAAUGCUUUUCCUUCUCUGUUUUGAAAGGCAACAUGGACCGUCAUCAUUAUGAGAUGUUCACAAAGUUUGGAGAUGAUGGCUUUUUGCUCCAUUUGGACAAUGCAAGAGGGUAAGGAACCCCACAAAUUGCAUCUGGGACCUAAAGGGGGAAAGAGCUGGUUCUGUGGGGAGGAAUAGUCCGUCCUGGGUCUCAGGAACAAGACUCAAGAAGUUACUCUGCGAGUCUUGGGAUAUAAAUUCUGUGGAACCCCUCUUGGAAACCAUGUGACCAGGCAGAGUCUUGAACUAAGGCCUGUGUUGGCUUAAACACUGAUGUAACAGUCGUCACCACCAUCCCAGGAUUCUGGGAAUUGUAGGAGGAGGGUGAGCAAGAGACUUGUAUUGGAAGAUUCUGCAGAUGCUCAGUGAAUUCUGUUGAACAAUCAUGGCAGGUUCUUACUGAAUCCCCAGCAGGAAUUCUACCUCAUUCAUGAAGGUAUACAGAACAAUGGCACAUGAGGACUACCUGGGCACACUUUUGUGCCAUUGUCAUUAUAUAACCUUGACAAAACACACAAAUAGCAAGAUAGAUCAACUUUAUCCGCAUUAGCCAACGGCCAUAGCAACAUAAAACAAGCAAUAUAUGCAAUUAAAAAGACAACAAUUGGUAAAAAGAACAAUCAGUUGACCAAGAUUAUUGUUCAGAUAGUGGCCCUUAAUCUCACUGCACCCUUGAUAAACCUAGCAACCUUUGCUGUUGUCUGAUCAUUUUGAUCUGAUAAAAGAAAGAACAAUGUGGCCGCAGAUGGGCGGCCUGGGAUGGUAAGUAAGAGUGGGGUGAUGAUCUCAUUCCUCAGAUCUUUAUAAAGGGGACAGGACAGGAGAACAUCAGCCACUGUUUCCAGAUUGCCAUCUCCACAUGGACAGAGUCGUUUCUCAAUUGGAAUCUUUUGGUAUCUGCCCUCAAGUACGGCAGAGGGCAUCACAUCCAAUCUGGCCUGUAUGAAGGCACGUCUGUAUUUUGGGGUAGUUAAAAUAUACAAAUAGCAAUAAAUAAACAGCAAAAGGGGCACAUUUAUCUGUGGACCACCAGCUUCCCCCAAUCUGGUGCCCUCCAGAUGAAGAUGGGACUACAACUCCCAUCAUCUCCCAUAAGUAGCUAUGCUGGCUGGAGAGCAUGAGAGUUUUUCAUCCAACAAAAAAUCUUCUGCAGAGUAGCCAUUAAUACUCUACAGCAAAUGUUCUCAUAGUGCAUCUAACCCACACUACAUGAAAAUCUGAGAGGGUCAGAAACCACAAAACUGACCGGCUCCUACAAACAUUUAUUUAUUUAGCCCUGGAAGCAAAUAAACUAAUUUGAAAAUAAAUACUGUGCUGUUUAUAUUCCUAAGGCAUUUGAAAUGCAAAUAUUUGCAUUGGCUUGCGGCCUAAUGCAACUGGUAAUGUCACAAGUUGUGUGGUAAAUCCUCAGUUACGGAUUUUCCCAUAAAUGAAGAAGAUUCAGGUAAAUAUAUCCAUAUAUAAGUAACCUUUGGCCAAUUUAAGAUUUAUAGUAUGAUUUCCCAUUUCAUAUGACAUCUCAUAUGACAUUCAGGACAUAUGACAACAAGGCAGCCUUGUUCAGGGAUGUUUUUAGUGCCUGUGGUGUGGUGUUUUUAUGGCUUUUUUUGUUGGGAGCUGGGGCAACCCAGUCAGAUGGGUGGCAUAUAAAUAAUACACCAUCAUCAACAUCAUCAUUAUUAUUGAAUUUCUUUUGAAAGCAGGUACCAAAAAAACCCCAAAUUGGCACUAUUAACCCCCCUCCCCAUCCCAUUGCUAUAUCCCAUCAACCUGAUUUGCAUCAAAAAGCUCAGGUUAAAUUGGAAAUUUUUCAGAUGCCUUGGUGUGUGAUUUAAUUUAGCAUGUUUAUUUUUCUUGUAUUUAGUAGACAACAUUAAACGCAUUGCAACUGCUAAAUUUGCCUAAUUCUGCAGCAUUUGCAAUUGGCAUCCAUUCCGUGUUACAACUUGUGGAUUUUUCUCCAUGGAAAAAUAAGAGCACUGGGAAAUUUUCUGUCUCGUGUCACUAAUCACUGUACUUGAAGCAUUCCAGUCUCUGAAGUCUUGGGUGGUUUGGGCACACCUUUUACAUUUUGUUUGUUUCCAUAGUUUUGGGAAGCAUUCCCAUGAUGAGAUCUCCAUCCUGGCUCCACUCGAACAGUGUUGCAUGUAAGUGUCAUUCCCAAGUUAUUUUGGAUUGAACUGAAAGGCUCAAUUGCAGCUCCCUGGGCCGUAACAAGCAGGCGAACACAUCUUUCACCUGGUGGCAAUGGAGUGAGAGACAUCACUGCACCACUUCUCACAGGUCCAUUUCUGUGUCGGUCUGCAAAAGCUCCCUCAAAUUGCAAGUUAGGGAAAGAAUGGUGGAUAGUACUCUUGGGAACUGGAAACGGGAAUGAUGGAAGUCAUGGGAAUGGUGCUUUCCCAUGGCUCCCAGUGUCCCUGGGCACUUUCACAAACAACGCUCAUACAGCUAGGACCCAAAGCACUGCCAUAGCAUUUUCCAGCAUCUCCACAUUGCCCUUUGUCAUAAAAACUUGAGAAAAUGGGGAGGACUAGCCAAAAAGUCUCCCAGGAGCUACUGUGGGGCUGGGAGAUCACCCCAUCUCCUGCUGGUUUUGGAGUUCAGGUCAUUCCCCGCCACCCAACAUUUGACAACAUAAUUCACUUCCCCUGAAUUAUUUCUAAAGCAGACUAGGCCGAGUCUGUCCAUCACUCAGAAUGAAGUCCCAGUUGCAUGCAGACUUCAGCAUUUGGAUGUGUAAAGGGGUGCCCACCUAUUUCCCCAUCAAACAUGCCAUUUGUCAUAGCUGAAGGAAAUUGAGACGUUUCUUUUGAUCCCUGCCAAGAACACUCAGAUUUUAUUGUCUUCUAAAGGGACUGAAAGAACCCGAAUGCCAUCAAUUACAUUUGUGUCCCCCUCCAGCCAUUAGGGGGCUGCUCAUAAAUUUUACUGCCUGAAUCCUCUUCAGGCUACUGCUUUAUUAAUUCAUAUAAAUCAAAAGCUAGGCCUUUAAAAAACUGUGUCAAGGGUUAUUCAUCCUCCCGUGUUCCUCUGCCCCACCACAUCUUAACUAUUUUCACCAUACUCCCUGUGUAUUUCUGUGCCCCCGGAUGUCAGUGGCAUCAUCCCGUAUAGUUAUAUUGAGCCUCCAGGUUGACUUUCAAAAGCCAUUAUUCACACCUUACAAGCCUCCUGGUUUAUAAUUAUAGGGUUGCCAAUAAAUCCUUGCACUGAACUCCAAGUCUGUGUGAUUUAAAUUGGCUCCUGCUCACACACCUUUCCUGAACUAAUCUCGUCCUCUCAGCCACAAACUUCUGACAUUUAAAUGCAGGCAGCCUGCAGCAACAUCAAGCACUGGUAUAGCAUCCAGCCAUUUAUUUUAUCCCUGUUUGAACAGAAUAGAGAAUCAGCAAUGCAAAUUUCACUGAUAUGGAAGGGUUUUUGCCUACCUCAGUUUUUGCAUUACCAAAGAACACUCCCACCCCCAGGUGUGCACAGAUGCAUUGACCUGCAAAAGUUAGUUGCAGGUAUGGCUAUUGCAGGGUUAGAAGUACUCACCUUCUUCUAGCUAUCAGUUCAGAACAGAAACCCUUCUUUCCUCAACCAGUGGGCAGGUAAUGGUGGUUGGUUUUUAAAGACACUUGUCUCAUUUAGCUAUUUUUAAACAUUUGUUCGGGACGCGGGUGGCGCUGUGGGUUAAACCACAGAUCCUAGGGCUUGCUGAUCACAAGGUCGGCAGUUCGAAUCCCCGCGACGGGGUGAGCUCCCAUUGCUCAGUCCCUGCUCCUGCCGACCUAGCAGUUUGAAAGCAUGUCAAGUGCAAGUAGAUAAAUAGGUACCACUCUGGCGGGAAGGUAAACGACGUUUCCGUGUGCUGCUCUGGUUCGCCAGAAGCAGCUUAGUCAUGCUGGCCACAUGACCCAGAAGCUGUACACUGGCUCCCUCGGCCAAUAAAGCGAGAUCAGCGCCGCAACCCCAGAGUCGGCCACGAAUGGACCUAAUGGUCAGGGGUCCCUUUACCUUAAACAUUUGCUCAGUUCCUCUUUUCUUAAAAAAACUUUUUUGAAAAAACUCAUGUCAAUUCAGAUUGAAGAAGAGUGGCUUGUGAUUCCCAUACAGACCAACCAACUAGCACCAUGGACAACCAGCUUCUGCUAUAAACCAAAAGAAGUGCUUGCUCCUAAGUUUGAUUCUUUAAAUAAGGUGGUAUGGCCAAAAAAAAAAAAAGUAGUUUAUGGCUCCACUGGGCUCACUCAAAGGGUGGAACCCAAUGCAGUGCUGUAAAUGGAUUAAUGCAUGUAGGGAACCAGGUCCACUUGUACAACGACAACAAGAAGUCCCGGGCCCUAAGGAAGUCAUACUAUCCUCCACCAGGGCCAGGGCUUUUUCAGUGAUGGCUCCGACCUGGUGGAAUGCUCUGUCCCAUGAGACUAGGGCCCUUCAGGAUUUAACCUCCUUCUGUCGGGCCUGUAAGACAGAGCUAUUCCGCCUGGCCUUUAAUUUGAACUCAGCCUGAUCUUUUAUUUCCCUUCUCUUCCCUUCCCCUCCCCUUUUUAUGAAGAUCACCCACUCCGAGACCCCACAGCAAAUUCCCCCCUGGCCUCCUCGCUGGCCCAAGUAGGACCAAUUCAGCCAGCUAGCCCUGGGGAUUAUCUGAUUGAUUUUUGAUUUUUGAAUUUUAUUGUUAUUCAUGUUUUUAUACCGUAUUUUACGCUGCUUUUAUAAUUAAGUGUUUUAAAGUGUUUUAAAUUUGUUAGCCACCCUGAGCCCGGUUUUUGAACCAGGAACGGCGGGGUAUAAAUAAAAAUUUAUUAUUUAUUAUUCUCCCUGACACGCCCCCCAAACCUUUUAUGGAGUUUUCUCAAAGUCUCCAGCGCAGAUUUAGGGAUGCAGGGGUACACAGGAGAGAGGGUGGGGAAGAGCCCCAUUGCACAAAUGGACCUCAUUCUGCACACAUUACAGCUUAGUUGAAUCCCAGAUGACAGCGCUAGCUAUAUACAAAGUCUGGUUUCUAGAUUUCUGGCUGUAAGGUUUGGCAAAUGUACAUGCAGAGUCUACUAAAAACAAGGUUGGAAAACAUCUCAUCUGCAGUCCCACCAGGUGUCCCAAUUGUGUGACUGUUUCCCCCAAAGCACGUUAUGUCAGGAAUGGGGCAGGGUACAUAAUGUGAGCUCCCUCACCAGCUCAUGGCCUUGCUUCCAGAAGGGAAGUGUUCCCUUUGAAACUGCAGCUUAAAAAGGAUAGGAAGAUGCCUGGGUUUGUUUGUUUUUGCAGGCACCGGCUGAACGGGGAACUUCUUUUUGCAGUGCAUACUUGCAAGAAGUUGGCUUAUAUGCCCCCACCCAUUGCCAUCAGCUGAUGGGCAGGAGAAAGUAGCACUUUGCCAGUUCUAUGCUGGGCACAUCCCAAAGCGCUGGGCACUGAGCUGGCAAGGCCCUUGUGCUGUAGUUCCCAAGUACAAGAGAUUGUGGCAGCCACGUGAUGGACAGCUGGGUUAUCUUUUGCAGCCCUACUACUUGACAUCGUUUUAAGUGGAGGGUGUGGGGAAGCGAAUCGGAAACUUUCUCCAGUCCAAGCACCUCUGCAUGUGUAACUUGGCAUUCAUACUCUGUAAACUGCUUAGAAGCCUAUUUUGGCAUUAAGUGGUGUAUGAAAUGAACAGUAAUAAUAAAAGCAUGUGCUUCGCAACAGAGCCACAGCCCUUCCCUAUAUCCCCAAAGCACAUUUUACCCUUGCAACUUCACUGCUGAGUAUCGACAACAAGCUUCCAAACAUCUGGAGAUGGGAGGAAAGACUUUCCAGAAAGCUUAAGCCACCGCGUUGCUAUUAUUUAUAACUGAGCACAGGUCGCAGCAGUGCACGUUUAAGUCCAUCCAACUUUCAGGAGUAUCUGAGACAGGGAGGUAGAAUUUUGCUUUUGCAUAAUGAACCUUGUUUUUCCCCGUCCCUCUUCAGAAUAAAGAAGACUACGUUAUUACGGCUACAGCUCUUGGCGCAACCAGCCUACAAACUCAGCGACAUCAUGCGGGAAUCCUUGCUUGAGGACCGCCUAGCACCUGUACUUACAGAACCCCACCUUUUGGCACUGGACAGGAGGCUACAGAUCAUCCUGAAGGCGGUGGAGGAAUGCAUAGAGGCUAAUGGAGAAGACAAUGUUGUGGUUGAUGCUGAGCCCCUGGAGACAGAUGCCUUUGACAGAAUGACACAGCCAAGCUAG